AUGUCGAAUGCGCCGACCAGAGGCCGCCUGACGGCGCGUGCUGCGUCAGCCAGCGUCUCCGACGGGGGGCGGCAGGCUCCAUCCGAGAGGUCCCCUUCUCCAAAUGAGAAUGGCGCCCGCCCGUGGUUCGCUUGUCCCAUCGAUGAACGGUCCUCUUCAGGUCCACCGGCGCCGGCGGCGCGCCUCUGUGUCGAGGGAAGCCCGAGUCGAGACUCGCACGGACUGACGCACUCCAGCAACCCCCUCCGCGAAACCGACGAGUCGCUGCCGCGCGUCCCUCCAGCGCCUCCCCCUCCUGUGGGGAGUUGGUCUCACGCGUCUUCUCCCUCGUUCUUCAACGCAGCUGGCUCGGAUUCUGCGUCUCCUCGGCCUACACUGGCAUCGAGCGUGCGCGGCGCCUCGGCAGAUCCUGCUCUCCAGCCUCUCUGCGCGUUUUUCGCGCGAUACGCGUGCGACCUGGCGCAGGUGACAGUGCCCGGCGCGCCAGACGCUCCAGGCAGUCUUUUCGGAUGUUCGCUGGUUCCCCACGUCGAGGCGUCGCCCUCGUUCGCUGUCCAGCCCUCGGAGUGGAGGACGCAGUGGAGCACCGCCGCCGAAGGUCGCGCGCCUUCGAAGGCGGCCGCAAGGCGGCGCAAGCGCGUGAGCCCAUCUGCGCGACAAGCAGGGAACGCGCGACCGUUUCCAGUUGAAGGCACUCGGCAGAGAGGCAAGAGCGGAGAGGUGCGUGGACAUACACCAGACCAGGAAUGCGCUGGCAGUCCGCGCAGGUGGCACGAGGAGGAAUUCAAGGGCGGGGAUUGCGAUGGUGAUGCUGCCGAUGCACGCGAGUUCGCGUCGUCUUCGCUUGCAGCCACGGCGCGCGACUACUUGGCGCAGGCGAUGGCGCUCCCCUUCGGGGCGUUUCUCGACAUGCAGACGCAGCAGCCGUCGUCGUUCCGUCUCUCGUCGGGUGUAGGCACGCCUGACCCUGUGUAUCCUGAGGACUUGAUUUCUCUGGCGCGCACGCGCGACAGCAUUCGCGGCGCAGGCGCGGCGUUGAAAGCCGUCACGCGCCUCCGCGAGAUGAGCAGCGCAGCCUCGGCGCACUGGGGUCACCGUUUGCGCGCAGCGCUCGACGCCUUCGUGCUUCUCCCUUCGUGGUAUGGCGGCAUUGAAAAUCGCCUCCUCCUCCAAGAGGCUGCAGUGCUGCUCGCCAGCACAGCGACCGCUGCGCUGUUGGAGGCGUACGUCGUGCGCAGCUUGCAGCGCCAGGCGACGGCGCCCAUCCCACGCAUGUAUCUGCCGAGAGACAGCUCCGCUUGCUCCUCUGCGUGUUGCUCUCGAGUCCUUCCGGCCUCCCUGACCUCGGGAUUCUCUUCCUUUUUCACGGUCCCUGAGGUGGAACGAACAGUAUCGCGCCAAGUUCCACGCGACCGCGUGGCGGUCCACCGGGCGCCGCGGCGCAGUUUCGCAGCCGACCGCCUCUGGGCUUCGCCGCCUCCCGCCUUGUCUCUCGCAGACGCGUUGGCGCCCUCCGCUGGCGGGUUCCUGUCCGUGAGCCGGACCGUAGACGGCGGGCUGUUUGAUUGUUUCUCAGAUUUUCUCUGCCUUGGUUUCACUUCUGCCCGUCUCUCGGGUCAGGGCCUGCCCCUGACUUCUGUCUUUUCGUCGCUUACCGACUCGCCGCAGCUGUGGCCUCUGCAGCUUCGAGGACCUCUCGCUGGAGGCGCCGAGGGCAGUGGCUCCGUGCAAGCCGCGGCGAGUUGGAGCCACGCUCUGGCGGAUGACGCUUCCACCCCUUCACCGCCGCGGGCGCAGGGCCCUCAAGCCCGUUUCGCGCUGCGGAGCGGCUUGGGGGCGAGCCAAGAAGCCCACGUUCCCGCCCCACCGGGUGCCGACUUCGGAGACUCGCUUGGGGACGCGAGCCGGCUUUUUCUCUCGAGUUUAGGCGCGGAGAGGUCGCGCAAUCUGGCGGCCUGGUCGGCGGCUGCAGCCGACGCGUUCUAUUUGCGAUGCAUGUACUCCUUGAAAACCGUCGCCACGCUCUAUCAGCGGUUUCCUCCGCUCUUCUUCGCGAACCGCGGGCCGGAGGGGCUUGCGCAGGCGCUCGCGCAGGAAGACGCGCGCAGUUGGAAGACAGGAGGAGACGACCCCGCAGCGUCCGCAUCGCCGGCAGCGGAAACCAGCUUUCAGGCGCAGCAGAGAAUGUGGGCACUUGUUCUGUUGACUAUGUCUGGCCCCGCGCCGCCCUCCUCUGUCGCGGACGAGGCGGCGCGCGGCAGCGGCGACGGCACGAGCGACGACCUUUAUGAUGAAACGCAGCCUCGGCUGCGGGCCGUCCAGAGGGGCCCCGCCUCUAGUGCGCGAGUUGAGAGAGAAGAAGGAGGGCAGAGUGGGCAAGAAGGAGAGCGUGCGCAAGGAGGAAAAACGAGGGAGGCCGAUACCGCUCGACUGCGUUUGGUGUCGGAGGCUUUGCUGUGCUCGGCGCUGCGCCACGGUCGCCUCAGUGACCUUUUGCUCAUCGUUUUGCUUAGCUUGCGGGAGUCCCUCCGCGCGUCUCCGCGAGCUUCUUCCACUGCGAGGGAGGCGCCGCCCUCCUCUCCCCCUGUCUCCUCUCCGUCGCGAGCCGUCUCCUCGCAGUCGUGCCCUCGCCUGCGAUGGGGUUCGCACCCGCUGGAGGAGCUUCAGCUUCUCACUCUGCUGGAUGAUCUCUCGUGGGUGCCGGCGUCUGUGCCUUCGCUUCCCGGCGGGCCUUCUCUUCGUCUGUCCAGCGACUCCCGGGCGGUGGCGUUUGUUGGGCAGCGCCGGCAGUUCGUGGAGUCUGCCGCUCGGUCUUCUGCGGCUCCGGCGUCGCGUCUCGCGUCCGCGGCAGACAGGCCACAGUCCGCCGACGGCGCUGCUGCAGGCCCGCGCCCGCAGAGCCCUGAGAGAGGCGCAGGUGACCCGGAGGCGGGGGCGCAGGCUCGCGAGCUGCAGGACCGGCAGCGGCAGCAACACACGCCGGCGAGGCACGCAGAAGUCGAGCGCGAGCUGCAGCGGAGCGCUAACGCGACGGCGCGGCCCUACUCUCCGCCGGUGCGACCGCCAGGGCCCUCGCCGCCCACGGAUCGCGGCGCGGGUGGUCGGCCUGGCGGGCUGCGCCCGCGAAGGGGAGGGGGGCGCGCGGGACUGGCGACGCACUGGCAAGAGAGAAGGCACCUUCAGGCAGAAGCGCGAGAGGCAGCGGAGGUGGCGCUGACCGAUGAGGACGAGGACGAUGAAGUUGAGGACGUUGGCAUCGUGCGCGAGCCCCUGGAAGCGUCAAGCGGUCGCGAGGGACGAGCAGCCGGAAGGCGCGACGGGGGUGGGGGGGGGGUGUCGGGUGGCACGUCCUCCUUUUUCACCUCCUCGUCGUCGCGCUCGCGCCUCAGCUCGGGCUCGUCGAAUGCGGACGAGGAAGACGUCGAGGGUACCUACCCCCCGCGUCGGCGGGCGAGACGCGGGGUCUCAGGCCGCCUCGGCCGGCGCAGUCAGGGACCACCGCGCGCCCCCCGCGACGGCCGCCAUGAAGGCCCAGGGGGGGUUUUGUCGGGCGCUGCGCCCGAGGCGGAGAGCACGACGAGCAGUUUAGAGAGCUCUGAAGCCCUGGGCGAUGAGGCUGCGGUGGCGAGGCCUCUGCCCCCCUGGAGCGACGGGGGAGACGACUCCGGCAGUGCCCGGGGCCCUGGGAGUGACCUCGAUGAGCAUGAGGGAGCCGCGCGAGACCGCAGGAUGAGGCGCGCGCCGCGGUGGCUCGCGCCGGCAGCCGCGGAGGCCCUCGCCCUUGCUGAAGCCCGAGGGCUGUCGGGAGGGGGCGGGUCACGUGGCGACGGCAGAGAGCGACGAGACGGCGAACCCGAGACGGCCGCGCCGCAUGCACAUCGGCGACGCCGAGGAGAAGCGUCCUUCCUGACGCCGGUGGGCGUCCGCGUGAGCAGGGGGCAAGCCAACCUCGAGAGCGCGGAUCUGGUUGCCGCGCGCAUCACCGAAGACAGCCGGUCCCACACCAUCACGUACUUCCAACUGCCCGCGGGCGUCGAGCCCGGCGACCUCGACCUCGUCUCCGACAUUCCUGCGGCCGUGUGGUCGGCGGGCGACGCGGUGGGAGAAGAGGCCAGCGGAGGCGCUCUCCAGGGCCGCGCCCUCAGCCGCUGCGGCCUGGGCGGCGCCGCCUCCGCGCUGCGCCAGACAGCGAGCUCCACAGCAGCCCGAGCCGAGCCGGGCAGCCGCACCACGGGGCGACAGGUCCGCCGGCGCGGGCGCGGGGAGACCGACGGGCACGCGAGCCCGCCGGAGGGCGAAAGCUCCGACGCCCGACUUGUGUGCAGCUACACGGCUCUCGGCUCGAGUUCCCCGGCUCGCGCAGCCAGCUGGGUGGGUCGUGGCGGCAGGGCGCGAAGGCCCUGGGACGGCGGCUGGGCUCCAAACUCUUCGGUGGAGGAGGACGUCCAGCCUUUCGACGCCCGCCGCGAGGCGCCCGCGCCACCCCGUGCGUGGGUGACCGCAGAGGGCGCCGCUGCCCGCUUCCUGGCGCAGACGGUUCAGGGGCAGCUGCUGAGCUCCCUCAGCGAGGCGGUGUGCACUGUCGGUCACACAGUGGCCCAGGAGACGCCGCGCGCGUCGCUGCUUCUCGGGGCUCCCCUCGGGCCUCCGGUGACCCGCGCGGGGCCGCGAGCCCUUGGGGAGCACAGCGACGCCUCGCCGAGCGGAGCUGGGGGAGACGCGGCGUCGCGCCUCAGAGCCUCAGGCAGCGCGGCGGCGCAGAGCUCGCGCGGCGUGCCGUCUCUUGCCCUCGCGGAGGGUGCGUGCGGCGCCGGCGGCAGUCCGCUUGCAGGCCGCACGGGGGCACUCGAGCCCGACGGUCUGCCGCGCGGCGGAGUGGACCUGGCUCACUCGUUCCUUCAGGAGCAGCAGCGCGACGCGCGGCUGGCGGUGACGCGGGAGGCCUUUCUCACGGGGGUUCACGUCUGCCAGCUGCGAGUUUGUGAAAAAAUUCCGUCCGCGUUUCUUGUCGAGGGCGUCGUGGCAGCCGGCACCUGGCGCCCGGCCUUCGACGCGCUCUACGAAGUCGGCGUGCUUCUCGGCGACGCGGAGCUCGCCGCGCCUUACGCCACCUCCUGGGUGAGGCCGAGGCGCCCCGCGCGGACGUCGGCUCAAAAGAAGAGCGAGGCGCAGACGCGCACGAAAGGCAGCGAAGGCAGCGGCGAGGGGAAGUCGCGACCAGCCGCGCGCCUCUACUGCAGGCGCGUGGCGGCGGGCGCCGGGGCCGGCGAGGCGCCUGCUAGCGGGACUCUGACCGGCCGACCGGGCGCCUGUGGGCUGCGCUCCGACGGCCUAGUCUGGACAGCGUGGGGGGUCGGAGAACGGAGACGCCCCGAGUGGUCGACUCGCGUGGGCUCUGACGCGCCGCGGCGCGGGUCGGGGGACGAAGCCCGGCGCAUGCAGAGAGGGGGAAGGAAGAAGCUGCGCGCACACGAAGAAACCGGGGCGCGCGAAGACGAACGCGGCCGCAGGGCGGAGAAGGAGAUCGGCACCGCGGCUUCAGGCGCGGAAGACGAACUCGCAGACGAAUGUGGAGUGUAUCACCAGCUGGGCUCUCGAUGGAUUGAGGCAAUGCGGGCGGGAGAGAAAUUCGAAGAGGGAUACAGGACGUGGACUUUGACGCUCAUGCUCAAUAUCGAGGUGGGAGAACUGGACGUCUUCCUCGAGGGAAAACUGCUGCACACCUUCCACAGCCUUCCAAACAUCUCGUUGGCGGCCCGCGGGUCUGCGGAUCUUCCCGGCUCGCGCUCGCCGCUGACGCCGACGGUGGGCUACCGCUUCGCGGUUUCGCUGUCUUCUCCGUCCCACGCAGUGGCGCUGGAGCCGCUGCCGCAUCUGGGUCCGGCGGAACUCGAUCGGCUGGUCAACCGCCACUGCGCCGCCUCGCGCGCGCUCCUGCCGCCAGCUGUCUCCGCCGUUGGCGACCCGCGCGCGCUGACGGCGGCUCUGAGUCACGCCCUGCUGCGUCUUGCCCUCAAAGGCAAGUUGACUGGCACGUGCCGCUCAGCGGUCGCUGCGGCGUCUCGCGCCGCGGGCUUGGGGCGGCCUGCGGCCGCCGAGGAGGCGCUGGAGGAGAUGGGUCAGGAUCGAGGGAAGUCGCGGCGCGAGGGCGGCGCUCCAGCGUCUGCGGGCACUCCGCCGUCUGCCGGGGCCCGCCGUAGGCCCUCGGCCGCGGCGAGCGGAGGAGCUCCGGAGGCAGCGGCUCGGGAGAGCGAUCCCUGGCACCGCGCGCGCGGCCUCGGCGUCACGGAGUGGGUGAAGGCUGACGCGCUGACCCUCGGCCUCUUGAGGGAGUGCCUCGCUCUUACGUGGAUAACGCUUUGCCGGCAGGCGGAGACCGCAGCGGCGGAACGUCUCCGCCGCCGAGACGAGAAGCAAAACCGCGCGUUAGCGCCACAGUGUGAAGCACAGGCCGAGCAGUCGGUGCGCGUCGGACCAGAGAAGCGAGGAGGCGAUUUUCAGAGCCCCUGCAGGCGUAGAGCGGCCGCGAGCGCCUCCGAAGAGACAGCGGAGCCAGAGGCGACCCUCAGCCAUCUGUCUCCAACGCCGUCUCUCGGUGUAGAGUCACUGCCCCUUUCUUCUUGCGCGUCCCCGCGCCCGUGGUCCUUGCCUGCGGCGGAUUCGGUUCAGCAUGUUGGCGACGAAGUUGAUUCUCAGUCGAGCGCGGUGCUAGGGACGUUCUACUGCCUCUUGCACCUGUGGACGCUCCUGCUGCCUCAGGCGCCGCUGCCUGCCCCGGAGGGCGGUGCGCGCGCUGGCGGUCCUCCGCCAGGCUGGUGGAGAGCGUCGCCGGCGGAGGACGCGCAUUGGCUGCGAGAUGUCUUCAGCAGGAUCGGCUCGCCGGCGGCCGCGUGUGCUUCGUCUUGGGUCGUCGCGGGCAGCAGCGGUUUGUCUGUGCGCGGCGCGGAUGUGGAUCAGGCACGCGAGGCAUGGGGCGAUCUGCCGCUCUCGGUCUUCGCCGUAGGAGCCCUCUUCCGAGGCGCCAGUCAUGUGCGCGACAGCGGCGCGAAGGCACUGUCCGGCUCAGGCGCGAGCGACCGCAAUGCGUGGUGUCUGCAGCUCGCCAGCGAAGGGGCCUUUCACUCUCGAGAGGCGGCUGAGGGAGACAGGCGGGGCGUGUCUCCGGGGUUCUGCGCUCAAGUCCUCGCGCAGUGUGCGUCUCCUGCGUGGCAGCGUCUCAUCAUCAGCGCGGCCGCCGAGGCAGCGACGGUCACCUUCUGCCGCGCGCUGGUCGUCGCGCCGUUCCUCGCGACAGCGGGGCUUGACUCCUUCUUUCUCUCUCGCGCGUUUCUCCGCAUCGCCCACCCUGGUUUCCUGGAGGAAGGGGGCGAAGGCGACGCGAGUUGGCUUCGAAAAGGACCUGCGACGAACAGAGGAGGCGGCCUUGCCAACGCACGAAACGACCGGGCGGAGGCAUCCGAUGCGGGGGCGUCACGCGAGAGGGACGCAGAGGAGGAGGAGGCGCGGCAGCAGGCCUCUUGGCUGGGCGGUACGCACAGAGCCGGAAGUUCUGCAACGGACCUCCAGGGCGGCACAGCAUUUGACCCCUUGCUGUGUGCGGCGCUGCCUGCAACGGUGACGGCUCUGGAGGAAUUCCACGAGCGCGUCUACGCGCCGCUUCUGACGGGGCCUGUGCGGACCUCUGCACGGCCCUCGCCCCUCUGCGGCUUCGAGCUGCGGAGUCUCGCGAGCCGCGCCCUCGCGGCGCUGGCGACGUUGGGAAGCGACGGCGGCCUGCUCGCGCUCGCCGCCACUCACUGCCCGGGCUUUAUUCUUUUGAGACUUCUACGCGUUCUGCUGGCGCUCGCCGCGCCGCCGUCGAGCGUCCUCCUUGAGCUAGAUGAGGCGAGGCGACCUUCUCGCCCGCGGGUCGCUUCGGCUCCCGCGGAGGACCUCGCUGAGGACGCGGUGCAACUCCAGGGAGAAGCCAGCCUCGAGGCUGGAGACGGGCCAGCAGGAAGAGAACACUCCGGUUGCGCGCAGGGUGUGAGCGCGAAGGCAGCGAGGAGAGCGCAGAGGCACUGUGCCCGGCGCACAGGCAGCGACUCGGGCUCGCCCCUGAGCCGCGCCGACGGCCGCAGGCGCGCGAAGGGCGCGGUAGGAGACCAGCAGCUGCUGCUGGGGGCUGUGACGCGUUUGACGCGUCUCGCAGUUCGCCCGCUGCGGCGGCUGCUGCUGCAGCUCUUUUUGUGCGCGCGCAGAGAGUUUUUGCAUGCGGUGGUGGAGGCAAGGGAGGAAGAAAUGAAGUGGAAAAGCGCGCGUGAGCUCGCCUGGCUCAGGCAGUGCCUCCGCGGCAGUCGCGGCCCCGCGCGUGGAGAGACCUCGAGCCGCGAAGCAUCGGAGAGACGAGGAGUGAGACAGGGGGACUCGAGCCUACGAGACGGAGGAGCCCAGCGUUACCAGCCGAGUAGCGACAGCGAGACGGAUGCAGUCGGCAACGAGCAGAGCGAGCCAGCAGUCGCGCCGCCCGACGGGUUGUCGCAGGGGCCUGCUGGGCGAGGUAGGCGCCGCGCCGCGCCGUUCUACUACUUCGGCCCUCUCUCAGAGGAGGACGACGAGGGCGCGCAGAGCCAGUCGCCGCAGGAGCCGUCGUCAAGCGGGGAUGAAUCUCCAUUUGUGCCGGGGGGGGGAGCGGCCGAAGACGAGCGCGGGGGGGGUCAUGCCGGACUCUCGCGGCGAGGAGACUGGGGGGCGGCUGAUGAGGAAUCUAGGUCUGUCUCUCGCGGGGAGCGAACCGCGCAAAGAAGAGAGGAUUCACCCGCCUUCCUUGCGCCUGCAGAGCCUUCGUCUCCUCUCCUCUGCAAACUCGAGCGCCACCUCGACCUGUUGACCGCGGCGACAGAGCUCGUCUUCGAUGCGCUCGCCGCCGACGCCGAGGAGCUAUCGCUGUCUGUUCCGCCGGCAGCUCGUGGAGAUACUUCGUCGUCCACGUCGGCAUGCGCGUCGUCUGGCGUUUCGCAUGCUAAUUCGGCGUUUGGAAGGGGAUCGUUGCGAGUGAGAGUGAAGUGCUCAAAGGGCCUGCUGACGCGCGUGUGUGAGCUGGUCGUUUACCAGAUUUUCCUCUUGGUGAAGUUCCGGAAGCAGCAGCUCUUCCUCACGCUCGAACCCGCGCUCUCGCGCGCGCUGCACUCGGCAGGUGCCGCCGCCGAGACGCCGAGGCGCCCCGCCAGCCUUCUGCUGCAGCGAUUCGACGUCUUCCUCGUGGCGCUGCUGCCGCGGCUGCUGCAAUUCGCGCAGCGCCUGUCGACCGCGGCCGUCUACGCAGACCUGGUGCUCGCUGUCUGCACCUCGGCCGACCCGGGCUGGCGGUUUUUGGAGGCCUCCUGCUGCCGGCUGCCUGCGGCGCAGACGGGAGGCGCACGGCGCAGACGCGCGGCGGAGACCCACACGAAGUCAAAAGAAGACGAGCACGAGAGCGAGGCGCGUCAAAACAAGCGAAUGCGCGGCCGCGUGAGGGGCGCGGAGGGCGACGGAGUGCUGGUCUGUCGGCCAGAUGCGUUGCCUGCGCUAGCUAACGCGCUCCGGGGCACGCGAACAAGGCGAGAGAGGUGGGGCGACAGGCGACGGCGAGGGGGAAGAGGGGUGCACUGUCUCUCGUCGCUGUCGUCUUCAGAGGGCGACGAUGACGCGGCUGGAGGCGAGGAAGAAGACCGAAGCUGGCUGGGCGAGAGCGUCUUCGCGCUCCCUCCGCCGAGCGCGGCGUAUCGCCGCGUGGCUCAGGAGGCGUCGUGCGUCUACCUCAUCGAAACCCCCCACCCGGUGGCGCCGAUUUCAGACUUCCACCUUUGUCUAGAUUUCACUCGGCUGUUUUCCGCCUCCAAGCGCCCGGCGCCUUCUUCGCCGGCCUCACAGAGACUCGAGCAGGCCCCGUGGGGUGGCGGGGGCGGCUCGGCGGCUGAGGCGCGCGGCGCCCAGCGUUCAGGGUUUGGGACGCACGAGCUGCACGUACACCCCAGCGGCGCGCCGCGCGAGGGCCCCGAGUUCCUCGGCCUCGAAGGCGGAGGACCGGCUGCGGACUACGAGGACUGGCUGAGGGAAGAAGAGGAAGAGCUAGUCGGCGGGAACUUGGCGCAGCGCGUGAAGAUCAAAUUUGACCCCCGAAGCAACACCUCUGAUUCCGGCGCCGAGCUCGCCAUCCGAGUCGUCACGCUGAGCGGCGUCAAGUCGCACCAGUGCUUCGAGCGGAGCUUCCCGCGACUGAAGUUCCGCGACGUCAAAUCGAUUGAGUUCGACUUCGGCUCUGCGUAUCCGAGCGUCGAUUGGGGGUUUCGCUGCCAGGUGGAGGCGUAUCGGCGCUUCACGCGGCCACAGACGCAUCCGGCCUUGGAGCUGCUUCUCGUGACCUACGAUGCCGCGUUUUCUUUGAUUCACCACGUUGUUGAAGAUCUGUCGCCGUUCCUCUAUCAUUUUUCGACAUCCCCGUCCUCGGCCUCGAGUCUGCUCACCGCGUUGGGAGGCCCCGCCUUCGCGAGCGCCGUGGCGGCGCUGCGGCCUCUGUUGCUUUCGCAGGAGUUCGUUUUUUCUCGACCCUCCCCGUCGUUCUGUGCGUCGCAAGCACCCCGUCGCAGCGUCCCCGAUCUGACGCCUGCCCACUCGACGCAGGCUUCUCUGCCCUCCUCAGCCGCCGCCUGCCGUUUGUUUCCCUCCUCCCUCUUCGGCGCUGGCGGGGCCGACGCUUCUGCGGUCGCGUCGCUUGUCCCGUGGGCGUCGUGCGCCGGUAGCCUCUACGCCGCGGCCUCUGAAGUGCGGCGACUGGCGCUCGAGUCUGGCGUCGCGCGCGAGCAAAGCGUCGGCGCGCCUCCUCGUCUUGCGUCUCUCUUUUCUUCCAGCUUCUCGCCGCGUCAUCCAGUCUCUGCCUCACCUGAUUCCUCGCGUCUUUUUCCGUCAAGUCUCUCGGUUCAAUCCUCAUCGAAGUCUUCUGUCCUGCCCUCAGGGGCUCCUGCUCGCUCUCCGUUGGACCGCUGUUUCGUGGCGUCUGCGUCCUCUUGUUCUGCCUCGGCGCCUUCGGGUGGCGCGCCGUCGGCGGCCGCGCCCGCGCUGCGCGACGCGCUGCUGGACUUCGUUCGCGGCGAGAGUGCGGCUGCUCGAGAGCUCAUUUCGCUCGGCCGGCGUUUCUUCGCUAGUCCUCUCUCGCGCCUCGCGGGGCAGCAGCUCCUUCCCGGCGACUUUUCGCAUAUGGCGGCCGCCGAGCGCGCGCUUCUUGCGCUGCAUCUGCUUCUGCUGCCGGCCGCAGCUGACCUCUUCCUCGCGCUCUACGGCGGAUGCCAAGAAGCAGAAGCGAGGAAGUCCGAGACGCGGCCCAAGCCGGGGACGGAGGCGGACGCAGGGAGCCCCGCAUCUUCGUCAUCUUCCUGCUCGUCUGCUGCCUCGUCUACUCGGUCCACAGCGUCUUCUGUCUCUCAGCCGCUGCCGCGGGCGCUUCAGCUGUUGUGGCACGCGGCGGCGCAGCGGGCGCGGCUGGCGGUGCAUCGCAGCGCGCAGCUCGCGUCGGGCUCGCGCGAGUCUCCUGCAAGCUCGGCGCCCGCGCGAGCCGCAGCGGCGCCGGCUGAGGCCGCGUUUAAGUGGCAAAGAGCCGCGAUUGCCCAGCGCAUCACCGACUGCGCGCUGUUUGUCCUCGCCAGCCUGCGGCUGUCGCCAACCGCUCUGGCGGCUCGCCGCGCCCGGCGCUUUUCGAAAACGCACUCUCUGCCGCUGGAGCCCAUGGGCCUGCGCGCGUGGCUCCUGAGCGACGUCUCGCUGCAGGCUGUGCUGCGUCUCGUCGUGAACAGCGCGGCGUCUCCGGUACCUUCGUCGCUGCAGAUCGCGAGCUUCAGCGUCGCUGUCGAGCUGCUGCAAAGCUACAACGCGCGCCUCUGCCUCGCCGCGCAGGCGCUUGAGUUCCUUCUCCACGGCCUCCAGCGGACCGUCGUCCUCCGCGGCCUCCUCCGCCGGCGCCUCGAGAGCCAUCAAGGAAGCGAAGAAGGCGGGCACCACGCGGCUCACUGUGACGCAGCGAGCGGCGAUGGAGCCGCGCACGCCGCCGGGGCCUCGGGCGCCGUCGCGGGGGACGGGAAGGCGACGCAGGGGGAGGGCUUCGUUGGCAGCGAAGGAGACAGCACGGCAGGCGAAACAGAUCUCGAGAGCGAGGAGGAGUCCGUCGCGUGGGACGGCUCGGCCCAAGUCGGCGAACUUUCGUGCUUGGCCGUCGAUGCUUCAUGGCGUCUUCUGCGCUUCCUCGACGGCCUCGCGGGGGCCCUUCUGGCUGAGACACCAGACGAAGAAGACGCGCUGCCUCUCGUCGCGCCGUCUGCACUGCCGAGAUGCUUUCUGACCGACUACGAGAAGCUACUUCGGCCGGUCCUCUCGUUCUGUGGAGCGCCGUUCGCCCUGGCGCUCAUGUUGCCGCGCCGCUCGCUCGCCCCUCUGCCUCUCCCUGCCCUCCCGCAGUUCCUGCUGCAGACAUUUCUCUGCUGCUCCGCCGGAGGGUCGUCCGCCUCCUCGUCCUCCCCUUCGUUGUCCGCUCUCGCCUCCGACUUGUUUGCGCAGCGCGCCUCGCUGUCUCGUCCGGUGCGGGGCGUAUCUCUGGAGCCCGGCGCAGCCCCCGCCUGCGGCGACGCUCUGGUCUCCGCGCUGUGUGGGGUCACGGAGACGCUUGCGCAGUUCCUCUUUCUCUCGGCCGCGGGCCCCGCCGCGCCACCCAGCGUCCACAGCCCGGCGUACCCCUACGGGUUCGCCGCCCAGGUGGCGGCGCUGUCCCGCGCGUGGCUCGCGCCCUUCCUUGUCGCGCUCCUUGUGAGCGCCACCGCCGCGCGCUGCGCCCGCCUGGCGGCCUUCGGUCUCUGGGCGCCGCGGCGCCCGACAGGGCACGAUCCCACGGCGGAGGCGGCGGACGCCCGCGCAGGUGGCAGAGACGCUGCUGCUGCACAGAGCGAACGAGCUGCGACGCGGCGACGAGAAGCCGAGAGCUUGCGCGGUGCGCGCGAGCAGGCCCUAGCCGUCUUGAGGUGCGUAGAGAGUGUCGUGGAUGCGGCGGGAGUCGCGCUUCAUAGAAUGCUUGAAUGGCAGACUCCGAAGCGCCAUUUCCUCAUCCCUGACGUUUUCUCGGGCCCUGCGCCAACUGAGACUGGUGCGCGGCUGCCGCAGCUGCGCGCCAGCCGGGUAGGGAGUGCGCAACGCGAAGGAGAGGCGCCCGUGAUGCUGGCGGGCUGCGCCGUGGAGCAGCUUUCGAGUAUAGGGCGGCGUGACAGCUGGCUCGCGGGGCGCCGUUCCUGGAGGGACGACGGCGACGGGUCCUUGAUGUCCUCGUAUCGGCGAGCCUUUCGAAGGCGCUCGUCCUCUUCCUGCUGGUCUACCGCCGGUGGGAAGGAUGGCGUCCUGCGUGUGCCGCCCUGUCUCUCCCCUGGGAACAAGCCUGCGUUCCCGCCGACGAGCCGCCCGCUGCCGCCAGUGAGCUACAGCGACGCGCUUGUCGAGGUCGCCCUGGUGUUUGUUCCGCUAAGCUCUUCAGAUCCCGCGCCUGCUGUCUCUUGUUCGUCGGCUCCCCACCCUUCGCAGGGCCCAGCGCCUUCCAGCGUGCGCACCGCGGCGCUGGAGUCGAUUCCGGCCGAGGCCACAGUCACCAGGCUGCUUGAGAGACACUUCCGAAGAGUCGAUCAGUGCGUAGUAAACAUUCGCCUGCGUGGCAAGGGCGGAGACUCGCCCGCGGAGACGGACCAAGAAAACAGUCUUGCUGGACAGACCGCGUCUGCUGAGGCGACGCCACACUGUCGCAGUGGUGCGCCGGCACCUGCGGCCGCGGGUCGAGAGCUGCCCGCGUCGCCCGGAGCUGCCUCUGAAGAGCUUCAGGCUGCUCCUGCGGCGGCUUCUAGCUCGCCGGUCGGUGCCCCGCUUUCGGCGCCGUCGACGCGGCCUGCGGCGGCGGUGCGCGUGGAGCUGUGGGCGCGGACGGCGGGGCAGGCCUUCGCAGAUCUGCUAUCAGCGGAGGAUCCCCUCUCCUCGCCUGGCUUCGAGAAGAAGCACUCCGGCGGCGCGGGCGCCGCCCACCAUCGUCGCCGGCGUGUGCGCUACUCGUGCUAUGCGAUCGUCACGCCGAAGAAGCGGGAAACAGGCGUCCUGCAGCGGGUGGUCGAUGGAGCUCAGCGGGGGCGCAGCGCAGAUCUGUUGGGCGCGGUGGCGGAGACGCUUGCCGAGGGGGAGCGUGCGUCGCAGCAGGUGGGCGUCGUGCGGGCGACUGAGAGAGCGGUCGCCGCACAGAGUGGAGAGCGAAUCGAGCGCGAGACGCCGGGAGGCGGUGUGGAGGCAGGAGGCUCGGUGCUUCGGCGCACGCCGUCGCUGCGGGCGCGCUUCCUCGUCGGGCUCGACGGGGCGAGGGCGCCGGCCGAUACCGCGGGGUUUCUCCUCGCGCCUUCUCGUCCAGGGGGUCGUGGUAGUAGCGGAGAUCACGCGCAGCUCACCGCACCGUCCGCGUCUUCCUCGCCGAGGCUGCCGGCGCGCGCGGAGAGUCCGCAGUUCUCGACAGACUCGCCUCCGCUGUCUUCUUCUUCCUCGCCCUCUAGAGAGCUCGAGCCGCGGUCGCGGGAGGGCGGGGCCUCGACGGCGGAGGGCGCCGCCGCCGCGGAGCCCGCGAGCCCCCCCGUUCCGGGGUCGCGCGGAGCGGGCAAGGCAGAGGGCCGUGAAGAUCGCGAAGAGGAGGGCGAGAAGGAGUGGUGGCGGGCGGACCCCGAGAGCUCAACCAAAACUAAGCUGGUGCAGCUCGCCGAGAAGAAGGGCAGGGUACCCGCGUGGCUGGGCACCACACCGUUCAUCCGCCUCCUCGUCCCCGAUGCGCAGGCCUGGCAAGCGGCCGCCGAAUGCGCGGCGCUCGCGAGCGAGCCGCGCGUGAUCUUCUGCGCCGGCGACCGCAUGCCCGCGGGAGGUGCGCAGGCGAACCACGCAGUCGUCGCGCGAGUGCGCCUUGCGAGGGACGCGGAGGCGGGCGCGAUGGCAACCCCGACCAGCGCGACGGCAGCGAGGCGUGACAGCCCGCGUGUCGAGCCAGCAAGACGCUGGCGCGGAGAGAGCGCCGAGGGGAAGGCACAAGGGCGCCGCAGCGAGCGACGAGGCGUGUGGGGAGGUUUCGCGACCAUGCAGCCGGGCGGCAUCGUGGCUGAGAUGGGCGCACUGUGCGAGCUGACAGCCGACCAGCUUCAGCGGGGCUUCGACUCACAAAUUCUCGCGCUUUCCGCCUCGAAUGCUCACCGCGUAGGAACUGUCGGUCGCCGAGACGCUCUACCUCUGCACGUCCUCCCUGCCUCCUGCUCCUCCCCGCCUCGCGGCUGCUCUUCGGCUGGCGUCCAUUCUAACCUCGUCUCAUCCUCGUCGAGUGUGGUGGCAAACGCUCUCCCCGCCGCAGCGCCGCGCGCCGACAGGUGUCUGAGUCUGCGGCAGCAGUGCGUCGCAGCUUUGCAGGCCCUGGACGCCCUCGAGAUGCAGCGCAACUGGCUCCACGUGGUCGCCGCGAUUUGCGAGUACCUCUGGAUGGCCUUUCGCGCCGCAGUGACGCUCGCGCUAAGCCCGCAGGUGCGCGCGAUUUCGGCCUUCCUCGCCGCAACCGCGCAAGCAGCUGAUGGCGCCGCACUCGCCUCAGAGGCGCCCAAGGCUGGGGGCCGCCGAGGCGACCGCGAACGGGAGGCAGGCGGCCCCGCGCCAGAUGAAGAGACGCUGGCCGCGUGCAUGCACAGCCAAGCAGCUCGACAGGACAGAACAGAAAUCCGAGAAGAAGGAACCACGCGUGGGGCGCAUAGGCGCGCAAACGUGCACACUGACGCAGGCGCGAGCGUGGGCAUCUCGCCUGUCGGCACGUGUCUCAAACACUUUGCUUCGCUUCUGAUGUGGAGUGUUGAGCACCUCGAGCACGCGUCGUCCAAGGUCGGAGACGGCUCAGGCGUUGCGGGCUGUCGUGAUGUUGCAGCCGACGGCGCGGCGAGAGGGGGAAGGAGCGCCCCGGUGCCUUCUUUGUCGCACUGCCUGCGUCGGGUCCUCGGAGAAGGCCCGCCGGCAUCACGCGGCAGCGGCUGCGAGGGAGCGAAUCGAGAGGAUGGAGCAGUUUCGUUCCUCCCUUCUGCGGGUCCUGCGCAGGUCGCUUCUCUCAUGCUCCGCCUUCUCGAUGUCUCCUCAGGUGUCUCAAGGGAUCUUGACAAGCAGGCCUCCGCGUCAGUUUCCUCGUCGAACGGCGGACCCGGCAGCAGGGCGGCUCCGCGCGACGAUGCUGCAUCGUCAUCAUCAUCUGCGUCGUCGCCCGCCCCCUCCCUCUCACCCGCAGCCUCUGCGGCGUCGUCGACGCUCCGCCCUUCUCCGCUGCUGGCGCUGCACAUUGCGGCGCAGCGCUACUUCCAUCUGACGCCCGCGCAGAUGCCGCCUCUGCUGCCUGAGAUGUGCAUCCCCGGGGUCGGCCUGGGCAGUAACUACUUGACCGAUCUCUUCUGGCACACGACGCUUCAAAGAGAGUCCUGCGCGCCGCCGUUCGCUUCCUCCUCGGCAGCCGCGGCAGGAACGGCGCACGCGGUCGCCCGCCGCGAGUCACCCAGGCUGGCGGCGCAGGCCGCGCUGCAGGCAGCCCUGGCGGCGCACCUUCGCCGCCUCGCGAGGCUUAGAAGCGGCCGCCAGCAGCGCCAGCCGUCUGUCUGCGGAGCUGGCGGACGCGACGAGGCGCGGAGGAAGAUCACGGCGGAGCUCGGCGGCCGAAUACGAAGGCAGGACCGGGCCGAGGGCGAGGAGGCGCACGUGGAGGCAGGAGGAGAUGCAGGGGGACGGGAAGCAUUCGGGGUGCCGGCGUCGCGAGAGCGAGCUCGCCACGACGGCCGUGGUGUGGGCUCCGAAGCCCCGAAGUGGAUCUCAUGCACCGAACAGUGGCCGCUGUGCCUGACUGCCGAGACGAUUGCCGUCGCCCUUCUGCAGCUGCUCCAGUGGCUGUUUGAGUCUCGAGGGGUCGAUGUCGCUGACGAAGGCGACACGCACGUCCAGGCUCUGUGGGGUAUCUCGCCUGCCGCGGGCGCUCUUGCGUCGCUGCGAAGGAGGGAGGCCGAAGAAGCAAACGCAUGCGCGGAGGGCGGAGCCGAGCAGGACGGCACUUUUCAGCAGGGCCUCGGCGACCGCGAGAGGUGUGAGGACUUCUGGAUGGAAAACCUGCUGCCUCGGCUUCUCGCCACGAGUGUGUGGGGGCGGCCGUACCUAGGCAGAUGUGUGUUUCGCUUUUUGCGUCUUCUUCUUCUCGCCCGCUUCCGCGCCGCGGCGUCGCGCGUCUCGAUACUCGCGCGGAGACAGAGGCGACAGCCCGCGACAGCGCGGCUCGCCGGCAGGCCCUGUGAGGAGGGGAAACACUCCGCGGAUUCUCCUCCUGUUCCAUUCGUCACUUCGGUUGCCGAUCUGGUCCCCACCCCGGUCGCGCUCGCGCCGCUGCUUCCCGCGCCUCCCGCGUGGCUGCUGUGGGACUUCACCGGCCUCGGCGUGUCGCAGGCGAGGGACGCCGAAGGCGGCGUCUGUGUGUUUUCUCCGUCUUUCGAAGCGGAAAGUCAAGGGGCGCGGUCUCCACAGCACGCCUUGCAGCAUGACACCGAAGUGCCAGUGAGGCAAACCGCUUUCAUGCACACGCCGGUCACCCAGACUCUACACACAGGCCCCCAAGGCGAGACCGCCGAAGAUGCCAAACAGACACAAGGCCGCGAGAGGUUCGAUGAAGAACCGCAGAAACGUGUGGCGAAAGAGGGAUGGAGGCCGCUUAGCUCCCAGGGAUCUGCAGGGGCCCAGAAACGCGGCGCGGGGGCCUUGGCGCCUCAGCUCUCGCCGCUGGGGUCGGAACUCGGAGACGCCGCGCCCGCGUCGCCUCCCCUUGUAUCUGGCUCUGCUUCACACGCAGGCGCACGUGAAGAGCCUCGGCUUCCCGCGGCCGCCUCGCCGCGGAAGCGCCAGAAGUCCUACGCCGUUCCUGCGCCGCCUGCGGGUCGGUCCGACGCGUCCGCGCCCCUGUGGCGCGCGCCGUCGCUUCUGCCUCUGGUGGUGCUUAGGGCGGCGCUGCCGCUGCCUCUCUCGGGGCCCUGCUGGUACCGGCUGGCUCUCAAGCCGGGCUGCGGAUGGUUCAAGUUGACGGCGCUGAACGGCUUCGCAGUUCGGCGCAUUUGCCUUGGCCAGGCGAAGCAGUCGAGCCUCAAACACGCGGACCUCAUGGCCUGCGCCGGCCUCGAAGUCUCCACGCAGAGGGCCGGCAAAGACUUCGGAUUCAAGAGCCAGGUGACUCCGCUGGGGCAGCAGCUGACUGCGCUGGAGCAGGAGACGCAGCUGCGGCCGUCUGGGUAUCCCAUUCCGACGUCGUCCUUCAUGGACAUUAUCACGCUCGCGAAGCCGGAGAAGAACGUCUUGAAAAUACGGGUCGACGGCAAGGGGCUGUGGACCGUGCCUCUGCUGCAUCCGCACGUGAAAGUCAGCUUGGCAUCCCCGACGUCUCUCCUCUCGCGCGCCGCUGCCUCGUCUCGAGCCGAAGGCGGCUCGCAGCUUGACCUGCAAGCGAGCUCCGUAGGGCUAGGACGGUCGCGGGGCGGCAAUGCGACGGCCGAAUCUCGGCGCGUUCGCUCCUCGGUUUUCCGUGUGCCGGCGGACUCCUCAAAUGCCGCUGGUGCCGACCGCCGCGGCCUCGACCGGGCACUGCCUCAGCUGUCAACGAUGCACGAGCUGCAUCUCUGCAUUGUGACUCAGGUCUGCAGCAGGGACGCCUUUCAGCUGUACAUACACCGGAACACGCCGGAGAUGGAUAUGACGCUCAGACACCACAGGAAGUUGAAUGCGCUCCUGCGGCGAGUGCACACGCUGCAUGCGAGCUCGCUGAGGGUCCCCACGGCCGCGGAGACAGAUCCGUUCCUCGCAGACUGCUGGCCGGUGCCUCUGCAGCAGCUGCCCGUUCUCCCCGCGUGCAACGCGCCGCCUAGUCUCAGGUUCGCGUCCUUCGCCUACCCGUCGCCUGCGACUUCGGUUUGCAAAUUGCAGCCUCGCGCAUCUCGACGCCAGAACGGGCAGCUCGGCGCCAGCGUCGGCCUCGCCUCUCCGUCAGCUUCCUCGUCGCUUUCGCGGCCCUCAGUGGGCGACGGCGUGGAGGCGCAGCGGAGGGCCGCGGAGCGGCUUCUCGCGCAGGAAGUCGACAGCCACGCGCAGGCGCUGCGCUGGCGGUGGGCGAGCCUGCUGGGCGACAACGCGCUGCUUCGGCAAAGCGUCCAGCUGCGGCGGAGUUUCCUCCUCGGCGUCUUGGCUAUCCGCGCGGCGACGCGCCAGGUGCGCGCAGAGAGCGGCCUGCGAGGACGGAGGCGGCGGGAGGCGCAGCGCGGGUAUGGGGAGCGUGGAACCGCGGCGUGGGGAGAAGAACCCGGGCGCUCCGAGGACGCAGACCGCGGCAACGGAGAGCGCUCGGGAAGAACGACAACGGGAGGCGCAAGCAGCGCAGCGCAGCGGACAGCGUGCGUCGCCGAGUCCAGCGGCAGAGACGAACUGGAGGAGCGGGACGUCGCGGAGCGAGAGGAAGGAGAGGCGCCCAUCGUCGAUACAGAGGAGGAGCUUCUGGGCGACUUCCUCACGGCGUUGCUGGACUCGAUGGUCGAUUCGCUCGACGAAUUCGAUGCGUGGACGCGGCAGAGUGUCCGCGCGCAGCCGCUCCCGUUUUCCGCUCUUUUUUCGGCGGCUGCCUCACCCCGCUCCGCUCCGCCCGCCAGCGAGGUGCACAGAGACCCGCGGACAGGCCUGGACGGCGCUGUCGAGGCGAGGGAGAGAAGAGAGAAGAGCUUGGGCGGCGAGACGGCAACGAGGAGCCCCAGCGGGCCUUCGCCUUCGUCUGCCGCCUCCGAGCGCGGGCGUUUUUUCCACUUUCUGCACAAGCAGACGUCCGUGGAGGCGCUGAAUCGGCUGCGCCAGGUGUUAAGUCGUCUCUCGUCUGUGCUGAAAUUCUUCGUUCUCGACGGCGCCGCGGACGACGCUGAGACGCCCGCGGAGGUGCUGCCGCACCUGACGGGCGAGUCCUCUUUCAACGACUUUGAGCGGCUGUGGCUCUCUGGCGUUUUCCAAAAAAACCUGGGCGAGACUCUGCGAGAGGCCGCCAGCGCCGGCGGCAGUCGCGCUCCCGCCGCCGACCGCCGAAAACUGGCUCAGGCGCCCGCACAGAGUCUCCACACCUUCUCCAAGCCCUGGUUCCCACAAGGCGUUCAAGCGACAAACUACUGGGGCAUCGCCGGCGCCCUCGCCUCCCCCGCGUUCGCCGAGCACCGGGUCUGGCGCCCGUUCUUCCUUCUCCGCGCUGACGGAGCCCAAGCAACGCAGGACCCGCGGUCCCCCUUCGGACCCGUCGGGCGGCCGGCCCCUAGGCUGUGGGGCGGUGAAGCCGUGGAGGAGGCAGAGGAGAAAGAAGCGCUCCUGCGACCAGAGCAGAUGACAAACACGAACGAGACUUGUGCAGCAGGAAAGGCAUCCGCGGAAAGCCAAGAAGAACAUUCUUGCUGCGGUAGGCAGUCUGACUGGCGAGAGCUCUGGACUCUUGCGUGCGACAUGAAGAGCGUGGACGACGCGCACUUCCUCGUUUGUCUCUUCCGGCUUCUCCCCGCCCGGGGCGGUCGCGUCCUGCUGCAGAGGAUCCGCCAGGGCCUCAAGCGGCUGCUAGAGAUCUGUGAGGCGUGCGGAGAUCUGCGCGCCGAUGCAGCCGACUCGCCGCAGCACGCUUGCUUCUCGGAGAUUCGCCUGAUGCGCCUGUCGCUCCUCUCUUCCUUCCUUAGCGUCCUCGGCGCGGCUGAAGGCGCGGCAGUCGUCGCCGCGAGACAGCCGCCCCAGAGGGUCCCCGCCGAGUGCCGGGGCGAAGCACGUGCCGCUGAAGCCACCUCUGCAGCAGGCGAGAGGGCAGAGGCUCCAGCGAAGUUUUCGAAGGAGUCUAGCCUCGAAACCGGGGCUGUGGGCGCUGAAGGUUCUCUCGCAUCUGGCGCGCGCAGCCUCCGCCGGACCGAAGCGUCGGCGCUGGGCGUUGAAGACGCAGGCAAUGCAGACGGACGCGAAGAGGGGCAUGAUGCUGAAGCAGAAAUGAUGCUUGCGCUCCUCACGCGCGCUGCGCCUUUGGUGGCAGCCAGCGUCCCGUUCCUCCGCCGGCGGAGCUGCAAGAGCGAGCCUGCGCCGAGCCUCAACCGCCUAGGCUGCGUGGCAGACUUGCCGCAGCUCUGCGCCAUCAAAGCCGAUGUGCUGCUGCAGCGCUUCCAGCUACUCUCGUACCUCUCCCACGCUUCGGGCUACGCCGCACUUUCGCUUCCGCACCCUCCGCCGCAGCCGCCAGCGCCAGCCGCGCCGCCAUGCGCCGCACCUUGCGGCGAGCAGAGGCGCAGACGCGCCGAGGCGAAGGACAAGCAGAGAGCGCGAAUGGCAGAGGGCGAACGAGAUAAGUGGCGACAUCGCGAGAGGAAGCGAGAAGCUGGCAGGGAUGAAAAGGCGCAGACCGCGUCCGAUGCAACAACGUGCGCCUGUUGUGGUUGCUGGCUCGACGGGGAAACCGCCGACACUGAACACAGCUGCAGGAUGAAACCGGCAACACGAGCGACUCAUGAAUGCCUUUCCAGUUCUACGCUUUUCAGCGCAGACCCGCUGCCGAGUCUCGCAGGGCCCCAGGUCAUGUGUGAGAGAGAGACCCCGGAAACAGAGGCGGCGAAGAGCGGAGACACGAGGACGGGUGGAGUCGUCCGCCCAAAGACUCUCACGGCCGCCAUCAACGCGUACAAGAAGCCGUGGAAGCCCCAGGAGCGUCCGCCACUCAUUCGCGUGGCGCUGCUCACAGAGCUCCUUGAGUCUUGGCGGCUGCUUCCGCCGCGGGGGAGCGAGGCCAGCCACGCAUUCUUCGCCCUGCUCUUCCUCCUUGCCCGCGCCACGGCGGCAGCUUUCGGGCUCGCGCAUUCUGCAGAGCUCCAGUCCGCGAGAUUCGCUCGCGGCUCGGACGCCCGCGGACGAGGCGGCGAUCGUCCGAGAGGCCCGGGCACCGGAACGGAGCGAGGCGAAGCUGGCGGGAGAGACCUCGGCACAACCACGAAGCCUGCAGCGGCUCAGGAGGCCGCUGACGAUGAUCUGCAUCUGGGGUCAAGAGGACAGGAUAGACGCACAGAGCCGAGGCAAGGAGAAGAGUAUCGAGAUGGAACUUGCGACAGGGAGGAACGCACGGAUGGAUGGUCGCCGUCGGCGACGAUCGCAGAAGCCUCCGAGCUAGACAAAGAACUCUGGGAGGGCGUGGUGACGUGGCCGCAAGUCUUUUGGCUCUUUGAGCAGCUGCCGCGUCUGCUGCCUGUCUCGGAUAUGUCCCGCUGGUCGUACGGGGAGGUGGCGGCCUCAGUUUUGAAUCGGCUCGCGUCGGCGGUCUCCUUCCCGUCGCCUCCCGCCUCGGCGGACGCUUCGCUUUCUUCGUUCUUCUCGUCGCAGAACCGAGACAAGGAGCGACGCCUCGCGCUCGAGGGGACCUGGGCGUUGUACAGGGCGGACGACGACAUCUUCCGGCUGGCCCACGAGACACAGUUGACGUCGCAUCUCGCCUUUCUUCAUCGGCACGACUACGCGUCCUCGUGCAUCAUCAACACGCCGUCGUCCGUGUCUCCCUCCUGCGCGCCGUUUUUCCUCUGCCCGCCCGCCGCCGCGACCACGGCCGCCGCCUCUCUGUCGCUUCUCAACUACGAAUUCGACCCCUUCGCGUCUGCGCAGCAAACGGCCUUUUGGCGCCCAGUCGUCACAGGGGGGGGGGCGGCGGGAGGGGCGGGAGGGCCUGGAGCCCUGGGGCGAGGAGACAGAGUCGGCGAGGCAGGCCCGCUGUCCACGGGGAUCGUCGAGGGCGACGAAGAAGGCGACGGAGACGCAUACACGGCACACCACUCGCACCUCGCCGGCGGCGGCGGGUUUGCUGGGCACUACCUAGUCGCGGGCGAGCGCCUGCAAGACGGCGCGGGGCACCAGGCCCCCGCGGGCCUUUAUGGAGUUGAGGCCGAUUCCGUGGGAUCUUGGAGCGACCGGAGCGAGGACGAGGACGAGGAUCUGACUUCACUCGCUUCGCCGACAGCUGGGGGACGCGACCGCGACUCGCGAGGCUCCCGAGGAGGCGCGUCAGGUGCAGGAAGCUCUGCCGACGAUCAGGGCCUCGAAGGAAGUCGGCGUCGCUCGCGGCUAGGCGCCGGGAGGCGCCACCGUGUACGGGGGGCCCUGGCCGUCGCCGGGCUGGGCGCUGGGCGCGGUGGCGCCGGCACGCGUGACCUGGCGACCGCGGUCCUCGUGUUGGGCUCUAGCGACGAGGAGGAAGACGCGGACGACCGCGUGGGGCGAGACCAAGACGAGGGCGGGCGCCGGGCGCGUCGCUUCGAUCCGGUGGCUGUCAUACUGGAGGACGAGGACGACGAUGACGAUGACGACUUCUACGAAGAUGGCGAAACAGAGCUCGUGUUUCCUGAGGACGAGGAGGAGGAAGAAGAGAGUGACGACGAGGGAGACGAGGAAAACGUCGACGUCGACUUGUACGCCACUGGUGACGAGGAGUCGUGUAACGGAUAUCUCGAAGAUGGAGGUGUGGCGUAUGACGACGCAGAAGACAUGGACGUCGUGUUGAGGUUCAAUCCGCCUUUCCCGCCCUUCGCGUCUUCGCGUCCCCUCCCGCCGCCUCCCCCGGCGUUCGAUCGCGCCGGCGGGGGUCGCCAAGCGUUCAGCCGCGAGCGCGGCGCGGGUCGCAUUCAGGCGCCGCGCGCCGGGGAGAGGCCCUCUGCGGCGACGUCGCAGCGUCUGCGUAUUCGCGGCUCGCGGCUGCUGUCCACCUUGCUGCCCUCCCUCCCCCAGAUCCGCUCGGCGACAGAAGUCCGCUUCGGGCCCGCGUCUCUGAAUCCCCCGAUCCUCGAGCGCGCGCGGGCGGGGGCCUGGGGCCUGAGCGCCGCCGCGGGGCGCAGGGCUUCGGAGGAGUUCUUCAGCGACUUUGCGGGGCUCGACGGAGACGAAGGCGACCGGGAGAGAUGGGGGCGAGAUCGGCGCCGAAUCGGCCGGUGGAGGGCCGGCGACGGCGACGCAGAAAGAAGCCGCCGAGGGUCGCUCUGGGCGGCGACGUCCUCGUUCUCCUUCGGCAGCAGCUCAAGCACCUCGGGAGACGAUGGAGGCUUCUCUGACGGCGACUCGCUGUCUGACGGUGUGACCAUGGUCGCGAGAGUUCUGCCUGCCUCGAAUCAAGUCUCGCUUCCCCACUGCUGCAGGUCCGCGCAGAGGCUUUUAGACCGAGGGCUGCUGCGGCGCGCGCGCUCGGCGCAGGCCGAAGGAGAGGUACUCGACGAGGAGGAAGGUGGAGCGCAGGGGAGGCGCCGGACGAGCGACGGCGGAGGACGCAGCGCGGGGUCGUCGGUAUCGCCCUCGCGGUCCCCGCUUCAGCGCUCCUUCUCCUCUUCGCUCCUCUACCGCCUGCCGUCUCUGACGCAGUCCUCCACAAACACGCAUCUUUUUCCGCAGAGCAGCACCUCGCUGUGUUCGCGCCUGGGAAGUCAGACCGCCUCGAGCGGAUGGGCAGACUUCGACGCCCUGAGGCCCCUGGGCCCCGCGCGGGACUCAGUCUCGCUCAACGACGAGCGGGCUGGCGAGUCUCCGUCGCGCUGUAGCGACAGCUCGGGCCGUGCGAAUCCGCUCACUCUCUCUUCUUCGUUGAGCGGCGGCAGGCUGUCGUUCCAUGCGCCUGCUUCGCUGUCGCCAGCCUGCUCCUCUGCGUCCUUGUCCGUCUCGUCUGCUUCGCCCCCCACCCGCAGCCUGGGCGCCAGGCGGCGCGACGGCCGCGCCCCGUCCUGCUUCGCGUCCUCUGCGGUCUCGAGCAGACGGCGAGUCGCGCCCAGCACCCCGCGCGCGACACAAGACAGAGGAGACAGAGCGGCUCGCGGCGCGGACGCCGAGGACGCCCGCGCGCUCGACACCUCGCUGUGGGGUAUUCCCGAGGGCGACGGCGCCGCGAGCUCCAGGAGCAGCAGCGGCCGAUCGCAGCCUGAAGGCGUGUGCGGAGCUGAGCAGGAAGUCGCUCGCGAGGAAGCGCGCAGAGACGCCGAACGGCCCAGGGGCCUGGCGCAGGCCCUCGGGGCGGCGACGCAAGGCUGCGGAGACGACCGACUAGAAGCGGAGACGCUACGUUGCUCUGUGUGCUCUCUCCCUCUGUGCGUAGGCCCUCGCGUGUCCUCUGAAUCGUUCAAGGCGUCGCAGCGGCAAUUUGCGCGUCGCCAGCGGCGCCUGAGAGCGCGGGUGAUGCGGAGGACACGAGGCGAGACGAAGGCGAGGGAGCCGCGUCAUGAGCGAAGCGCGGGGAGCGGAGGCGAUCGAUACUUGCAAGGCGGGGGGGAGGACGAUCUCGGGGUCGUGAGCGACGCGUCGCAGACCGGCGCCGAGGCGUUUCUCAUCGGGGCUGGCGACGGCAACAGCCGCUGGCUGCUCGCUGCCUCCGCAGCGCUCGAGGCCGCGCGGAGGACGUGGGUGCUUCGGCCCUCGCGCGAGGCAUUCGCGCCGAAGGCCGGUGGCGCGUCAAGAGGUGGCGGGUGGGCAUCGGCAGUCGCUGUGGAGGAGUGCCGACUCCACGCUCCAGCAGACGAAGGCUCGGCUUGUCUGCGCGAGAACGGCGACGCACACGUGGAAGAGGGGGCGGAGACUGCGAAACGCAUGCAGAGUCCGGACGCCCACGCCCCAGCCAAGACACGGAAAACGCAAGAGGUUGGGAAGCACAAGUGUAGGAACGCGGGCGAAUCAAACACAGAGGUAAAUCUUGCGUCGCGUCCCUCUGCGAAAAUCUACUCCUCGAACGGCGUCUCACCAGGAGCAGGCACGUCGCCAACUGCCGCAGGCGCAGCCACCAGACCGUGUGACGGGGAGGCCUCAGAGCGGGGAGCCGCGUUCUCGCAGCCGACCCUCUCUCAGGCGGCGUUCUUCAGCGGUUCUGCGUCUCGCCUGCGGUCCCUGGCGUUGCCGUCAUUCUCAACUUUAACCUCCCUCCGCGUGUCCAUUGAGGCUCUCGCGCCAGACUUCGUCGUUGACAGCAGCCAGCCUGCGAGCGACAGCGAGUGGGACUCCUGCGUCUACUUUUCUCCGCGCUUUCGGCGCCUCCGAGCUGUGGAGGGCAGGUGCGCGACGUCUGGGGACUCGCAGCUUCACCUCGGCGAAGAGACGCCUGCGCACGGUUGGCUGAACGGCGACACGCUGAAGGCCCACGGCGCCGAGAAGCGCAGCGAGCGGAGAAGCUCGAGCCCAGGGGCUGGGGGCGAGUCGGGAACGCCCGCAGGCGAGGAGGCGGAGCUGAGGCGGAGGGGGAAGGAGACAGGGCGCGCGAGGGACGGCGGCGCGGCAGAUCGGUGUGGCGUCGCCGCCUAUCAGCCGUGCGCCAUUUGCCGCUACCGAGGAUUCGCGCCUUCUUCGCGCUCCUCCAGGGUCUCAGCUCCGUCCCCCUCAGGCGACGACCCCCGAGGAGACGAAGCGUCGACUCGGGCAGGGGGCGUCGGCCGUCCCCUGUGGUGGUUUCAGUGGCCCGUGGGUCUCCGUUCCUCUGUGGAGUUCAGCGCUCUCUCCUCGUCGGCGCUGGACUUCCGCGGUGCCGGCACGCGUCCACGGCUCGGCUGGUUUGAACGGAAUCCGCUGCUGCGACCUCGCUUCGCGACGCCCGUGCUCGCUUUCCCCCCUCCACGCGCCCUCUCGGUGUCGAGCAAGGCGCGUCCCGAGCGGCGCGGCUCAGGGCGAGUCGAGGACGCCUCGGCGCCCCUCUGCGCUCUCCCACGCCGCAGGCUGUCGGCGGUCUACCUCCCUUCCCGCCGCGGCUCGUUCCUUUACAGCGCGCCCUCAGGGUCGUGGCUCUUCUCCGUGUUCGGCGCGGCCGAGCCCAAAGGCCUUCAGAGCCUUCUGGGCAGUGCUUGCGGGCAGGUCCGCGGGCGAGCGCCGCAGGCCACAGAGGCCCGCGGGAGCGGUGUGUCUCUUCCCUCCCUUCAGCGUCCGCCAACCGUCCGGUCCUCCUCCUCUUCCGCGCAGGUCUGUUGGCUUGGAGAAGAGGGCAGGCGGCCGGCGUCAGGUUCCCAGCUGCCAUACGCGGAGAAAGAGGACCGAAGAGAGGAAGGCGCCGACCUUCUUCGUUCUCGCAAGCGCUCUGACCGAGGCGUCGCGGGUGCUGCCUGCGAGCGGCGAGCGGGCCGGGCGUCGAGUUCUGCCUCGUUCGCUUCGCGCAGAGGCUCGCUCCUGCGGCUCGAGCGCUGGCUGCAGCAGCGCCAGGCAGAAGAAGACGCGGCGCUGCUCGCUGUGGCUGCGCUCGCAGGCGGCAACCCUGUGUCGCUCUCCAGCACUUGGCCAGGCGGGCGCGCGCUCUUCGCGGCGAACGACGUGCCUGAGGACGUGGAGGUCUCAGCGCUCACAGAGGUGCGGUGUCCGCGCUGCGGCAAGACUAUGAAGAACCUGAAGGGCGGCGGCUUCGAGGGCAAGUGGCGGUGCGACGGCAUCGACAGCAACGGCUUCUGCGUCGCCAGUCUGACCGACUACCGGCUGUGGACCGCCGCAGCGCGCCACCGCUGUCACGCCGACGACUUCGACUACUGCCAGGCCUGCUUCGAAUACAAGACGAGCCUCAACGAACGCAAACUGCAGUGGCUCACGACGCACUCCUCCAAGUGCCUCUGGCCAUCGCGGCAGCCUUCUCGCCCCGCUGGGCCCUUCCUGUGGCAGCUGGGACAGGACGCGGCGCGGCGCGGCGGGGUCGGCGCGGAGGCGAGGCGGCGAAUCGCCGAGGUGGUGGAGACCGCGCGCGCCAGGAGCCAGACAGAAGUCCCCGGGAGCACGCUGGAGACAGCGCGCGACGACCGGAGGAGAGGCAGGAGGAGGGGAGGCGAAUGCAAGGGGGGGGCGGCCGGGCUCCAGCGGCGGUGGGAAGGGACAACCUCCGAGACAGACAAGACGAAGACGGCGUCCCCCCAGGCUUGCAUGGACGCGUGGCUGCGCGAGGCGACGAGCCUGGCGGCGCUGGCGGAACGCCCAGCGUCUGCGGCCAGCGGGGCGGGCGAGGAAGUCUCGCGCCCCAAUGGGGUCGUUUUGCUCACCCCCUCGCGUCUGCCAUACAUUCCCCCGCCGCCUUGCAACCCCGUGCUUCUUACGGGCCUCUCGAUUUCCUCGAUGAGCUUUCUCGACAAUUUAGGCCCGCGCCUCCUGCGCCUUGGCUGCACUUUCCUGCUCCCUCUCUUCUUCAAGAACUUUGAGACACUGCGCAUUCACGGCUCGCGCUGUCUCUCCCAACCCGAGGCGCCAGCCGAAGGCGAGGAGGGUGGAGACACUCGCGAGAGGCGCCGUCGAGGCGACGCACGCGACGUGCUGGCCGCCUCCGCCGCGGGAGAAGAGAGAGGCGACGGCGACGAGGGAGAUGACGACGACGGGAUCGCGGAGCCUGCGCGCGAGGAGAGAGAGCGAAGCGGAAGCGAGUCGAGACCCGUUUUCGCGUCAUCCUCUCUGCGCUCCUCCUCACUGUGGCGCGGGCGCGUGCCUGAGGGGGCCGUGGCUCCGCGCGAGCCGAGUGCGGCGGCGCGGCAGGCGCCUGAGGCUCCGUCUCCUUCCUCUGUGAAGAGGGAGGGCGGUCCGGCGCGGCAUCUGACCGUCGUGUUGGUCGCGGAGGAGACUGUGUGGCCGUUGGUGAUACAGGGGCGCUUCGCGGGGCAGCUGAGCGACUGCCGCGGGAUUCCGCAUCUGAAGCAAGACGUCGACGAUCACAGCCAGUGCGAGACCGACGGCGUGCUGUUGAGCUGCUUUCACAACGGCCGCUGGCAGGGCGCGGCACGGCGCGAAGAGGGCCUGCGGAAGCGAGGAGACAGCGCCAGCCGCCGGCAGGGCGACUUCUUGUGCGGGCCUUUCAACAAGCAGAUGGAAGACCGCGGCGACGGCAGGUGGUUCAUCGACGUCCACAAGGCGCAGUGCGAACCGCAGCACUACAAAGGCACGGUCGGGUACAACGGCAGCGUGGGUUACUGGAAUCUAGACACCGACGUCCCUGGCCGCAUCGCGCCCUCUUUCCUGGCUGUCAGCGGGCACACCUGCACCCCGGAGGUCUGCGGCAAAGCCGUUCUUUACAUCUCCUCGCUGCAGCGACACCUGGAGCUCUUCCUCCCCGCCGACGAACAGGAGCUUGAGGACUACAUGACUCUUCUGACCAACGCCGCAGCCCGCGAGAAGCUACGUGAGCAGGAGGGCAGCGGCGAAGUCGACGACGAGGCGGCAGACCCCCCAGAAGAGACGCCCGCAGCUGAGGCGGCGCGAGCCCGACAGACGCAAACGGAGCCCAACGUCGACGGCGACCGCAGAAGGGAGACGGCGGAGACGGGGCAGACGAGAGAAAGUGGCGAAUGGAUCGCAAGCAAGGCGGCAAACGGCGCAGGAAGGCGGCUGAAGGCGGAAGAAGAGAAGAGCGAUUCUGGUCAGAGAGACGAGAGAGGAAGAGGAACGCAUCUCGCCCCUGUUUUGACGUCGCCCUCGAGCUCUCGUGUUUCUUCGUCGCUGUCGCCUGAUCGCGGCCGCGAAAGCGCAAGCGAUCGCUCCACCGAUGAAUUCUCCUCAGACGACAACUCCGAGGGCGUGCCUCCGCCUUCCCUUCCUCUGUGCUCUGCGUGCCAAGCGCAGCCGAGAGGGUCUCAGCCUCCGCUCCACGCGCGCAGUGUCUCGUCGCCCCACGGCAAAGCGCUUGCUGAUCGCCUGCCGCCGACUCGAGGCUCCUCUGCAGCUCUCGCGCGGUUUGGCGGCCUGCCGUUCUCGCUUCCUCCCCUUUCUGCGGCCGAGGAGGACGCCUGCGUCGCGUGGGGCUCGUGGGCAGCGAACUCAGACCCUCUGACUGCGGUGCUGCUGCCGGUUGACGCAGUUCAGCGGCAGCAGAUGGGCGCGGCUGUACGCUGCUACCAGUGGGAGAUGGCGCUCCAGUCGCAGAACGCGCUGGUGCAGCUGUGGCUAGCGCGGCCGGCUCUCGCCCUGAAGGUUUGGCCGCUCGUCCUGCGCUUCAUCUACGACGUCGUGCGGGCGCGCCCUUCCAUGCACCGCGUCCUCGUCGAGCUCCUCCUCGCCCUCCUCCGUGCCGCCGGAGCGAGGCGCGCCAGCGCCACGGCCGCCGGCGCUGCGCAGGAAGAAGAAAGUGAGGAGGAGGAAGAAGACAGUGAACAAGAGGCGGAUGAGGCCGAUUCUUCGCCACUACCGCAGGUUGCAUCGCUGCUGGCGUCCGGGCUGACGCCAGCACUUCUUCCGGCCGCGCCGCUGGCGGGGGAGAGUGCGGAUCUCGCCACGGCGAUCGUGUCGCAUCUGGGCUCCAUGGCGCUGCUGCAUCUCGCUGCGAUUGGCCUCCUCGACCGGCACAGCGCGGAGCAAGCAGAGGCGUAUCCGCUCUAUCGCGCUUUCAGACAGCAACAACUUGCGCAGCAAGCUGUGGCGAGCGGCCCCUUCGCGCUGCUGCCUUCGGCCUUCUCGUCGGCAGAAGGGAGGGAGGACGUGUCACGCGACGCGACUCUCGCCGCCUGCGGGCCUUUCAUCUCUCUGGGGCUCGCUUCCGCAUCAGACGGAGAUGGAGACGAAGCCCUGCCGCCAGCCGACCACGGUGAAGAGCAGCCGGCGACUCCUGGGGCAGCUUCGCGGCCAGACACGCUGUCGCCUGCAGCCCUUCGUGACGCGCAGCGAGGCGGCGCGGCGGCGGACGAGCGCCCGUCGGUCUGGCGGUUGAUUGAGACGCAGGAGAGGCGGCUCGGCGACGCGUCACAGAGAAGGCUCACUGGUGCCGGCGACCCAGAGACAGGCGCGCGCGCCUCCUGUCUCCUUCCCGAGAGGCACGUCUACGCCGGCAUUGCCUACGGCGUGCAGCGGCCCUGGCGAGCGACGCCCAGCCGCGACCUUUUUUCCUUCUCGCCUCGCGCGGCCGCCGACCCUGGCUGCAGACCCGCGUCGUCGGCGUCGGCGUCUCCCCUAGGCGCGUCUGUCGCCUCGGAAGCAGCUCCGACCGCUGCCGGCGAAGGCGGGGCUGUGGGCGAGAGAGGCGCGCAGGACGGGGCUGCGGUCGACUCGCGCCGCACUGCGGGGGCAAGUGACCCGUGGGGCAGCUUCGCGCCAGAGGCCCGCGCGCGGCUGCCUGUGGCUUACGACCGCUACCAGGAGCCUGCAGGCGACGGCGCCGCGGGGGGACCGGCGAGCCCGUCGAACCACCAAGUCAAGUUUUUGAAUCCGUCGCUUCUCGUGGAUUGUCUGCACUCGGAGUCGACGCACCCCUACCCGCAAGUCGCGCGUGGAGCGCACAAGACGAAACUCGGCAUGGAGGAGUACAUCUGGUCGCGGCCGGCGCCUCGCGCUAGGCGCCAGUCUCGAGGAGACACCUGGCGGGAAGAUGGCGAAGCGCGCGACCCCCAAAGAGCUCCUCCUGAGGACGGAGGUGUGUGCGGCUACGCGGGGCACCAGGGCGAGGUCAGGGGCACGCAGAGGACGAGCGCGUUUGAAAACGCGGAAAAAACACAAGGGAAGGGGCGCGAGGCGGCGACGGUCGCCGAGCAGCCAGUCGGCAAUCAGCGGGCGCGACAGUCGGCGGUGCGAGAGAUGGACUCGCGUCGCGCAGCUGAGGCGAGCAGGCCGGAGGAAGGGUCGCAGGCGGUCCGAGGAGGAGGAGACAUCUCGGUCGACCUGGCGAUGGAGCCGGGAUUCGACUGGGCCCGCGGCUUCCUCAUUCGCUUCUCACGCAUGUCGUCCACGCGACCGGCCGACAGCCUGCGCUUCUACGCGAGCCACGCUGAGGACGUGUGUCUCGCAGCGUGCAGCGGCGCCUCGGAGCGGCCCUGGGCCUCGCCGCUGUUUUUGCCUGGUUUUCGUUUCUUGUACGCCUUCCUGCCCUUUGGCCUGAACGCGCCCUGCGCGCCGCUCGCCAACCCGAUGUGCGGCAGCAGCUCGGCGGGGCUGUGGAUGUCCCCCGAGUUCUCUCCGCUCGAGUUCCUCUGCCCCGCGAACGACGCGCGCGCCGAGGACGUGACUGCAGCCGCGAGCGCGGAGCUGGAGGCUUUUGGGCUGCGCGAAGCGUCGGACAGGGCGGCCGUCCCGCCGCACGUCCCCUACGAGGCGCCUCCAGGCCCGAGAGGCCCGAGCCGAGUCGCGGGAAGGCCCCAGCGCAGCGCGGCAGAAGCUGAAACACGAGCGGAAGAGACUGAGAUGCAGCCGGCGCGCGCCAGUCAAGACGAGGGCGGCGGCGGAGGCCUGGAGAGCAAAGACGCAGGACGCACGCGUCCUCAGAAUCACGGGGAUGGGAUGAAAGUGCUUCGGGAGGCGGAGAACGUGGACGAAGCGGAAGAGAGUCUCUGGGGAUGGAAGUUCGUCGUGAGUGUCGCCGAGCGCGCGGAGGUGCUUCAGCACUACACGAAUCUGCCGCCGGCGUCGUUCCCUUCAGCGGCCGCUGCCCAGGCGCUGCGCGAGGCGCUUUCGUCCUCGGCGACUCGCUCUGAGCAAAAGAGUCGAGCGACGCAGGCGCGCGCCCGAGGUGGAGGGCGUUCGCGCGCUGGGAGGCCGCGCGAGGACGGAAGGUCCCGGCGCCACGGGGGUCAGGUCAGGCGAAAGAGGCGGCGGGACGGAGAGGCGUUUCUGGCGCUGCAGAACUCGCUCUUCCUCGACCUCUUCCAGCCGUCCAUCGACCUCACCUUUAUCAAGUGGCUGGUCGAGGACGUGGGCCGCCACCCGGAGGUGCAGGCGUUCGCGCCCGACGUCUGGGAGGCCUUCGCGGCGCCCAGGGAGACUGGCGAUGUGCAGCAGACAGGCUCUGCGGCGCUCAGCGGGCGCGCCGAGCGAGGUCGAGGCCCGCUGCAGAGCCCAGCGGGCGCAGACGGGGCAGAGACCGCGGCGGGCCGAGAGGCUGGACGGCAGCUGCUGUCGUCGAGGGCGCGGCAAGCAGCCAGGCAGACAGUGGGGGGAGAGGACACGAGCCAGGGCUUGCGCGAACUUCUCGCGUGCGUGUACCACCCGAAUCUGCUUCAGGCCCUCGUAGGCCUCGCUGGCAGCUGCGCCUCUCUCGAAGGCUGUGGACCGAUGCUGCAGCCUGCGGCUGUCUUCCUGGUCAAGCGAUUCGCUCAGCUUGCGCCGUGGCUUCAAGGUCUGCCGCCGCCUGGCGGACUUCAGAGGCGCGGAGUCGCGGGAUCUCUGCGCAGAGCCCGGCCUUCAUCCGCUUCGCUUCACUGUGCCCUGGAGGGGCGGCGCGGCGCAGAGGGAUCACUCGAGUCUCCACAUCUCAUGUGUCCGCCGGCUCUGUCCCUCUCGCCCUCACCGAGUCCGUCGGCAGAGGCUGCCUCCUGCGGUGAGGCAGCAGAAGACGGCUGCAGGCGAGAUGGCGAGCAGAUCCUUUGCGAUGCGUCUCUUUUUCAUCCUCAGCCACCGGUGCCCGGGCAGCGACUCGCGCCGUCGCACGCCGAUCGGCCGUCUCCCUCGCGUUCUCUCUCAGUGUCUCCUCAGACGGCAUGGGAUUCGGCGUCGUUCGCCGCAUUUGUUCACGGCUCCUCUUGCGUGGGGGCGGCAGCGCCUGUGGAUUCGCUGCAGGCCUCCUUCGCGUGCUCUUGUCCCUCGGGCCUCGAGGGCGAAGAGGCUGCGUCGCCGCUCUCCGUGAUGCGCUUCUUCUUUCUUCUGCUCCUGAUGGAGAUCGCCGCGCAGAUUCGCGUGCCGCGCGUCGCAGACAGCGUCUUCGAGGGCGAGGGAGUCAACUCCGUCUACGCGCGUCAAGCUGAACUCUUUGGCGCCCGGGGGGACGCGACUUCGCUUCUCACAUCGCUUCCGCCGCGGUCGCGUCCUCUGCGACCCGCGCAGCAGAUCAUUUUGCCUCCGCUAGCUGAGUACAUUGGUCAGGCGACUGCACUCCUCUUCAACGCAUGCCAGUGCGCCUCGGACUGUGGCGCGUGCGGCCUCGGGGCUCAGCAGGACGACGCCUGGGGCAGAAAUUCGGGCGAGAGGGAGACUGCGGAGAUGGACCGAGAAGGCGACGAGAUCACAGGCUCCAGCGAGGCUCGCGUGAGCACAGAAGGCACCGACGAGAGGGACGACGACGUGGGAAUGCGGCAGAAAGCGGCGAACCUGGCAAAACGCCCGCCGUCGUUGGCGAGGCCGUCGUCCCCUUUCACCGCCCUCCCCAGCGCGGCUGGCUGUGCGACGCGGGGAAGCGUAGGGGGAGCCAUGGAAGUGUCCGGUGACGUUCUUCAUUCGAAGACGGUGUCUUCUCCAGAGGAGAGUUGCGUGAUUUCCGCAGACCUCUGCGAGACUUUCGCAGCGUCUUCGUCGCUCUCGCCGCCCGUGUCUCCUUCGGAGCCCGCUGUCUGCGCCCCGCGGUCGCAGAGCUGGUCGGCCGCGGGGCUGGCUUCUCAAGUCUGCGGCGCGGGUGGUGUUUUCGCCGGUGGCGCUUCGUGUGUGAAUCGCCCGCCGUCGUCGGCAUCUACGCCUGGAGGCUUUGUGCGUCUCGUUUCGCGAGCGGUCAUCAGAGACGGCGCACCGCGGCUGCCGGAGUCGCGCGCGCGGGGCUCCCAGGAGCCCUUUCUGCACACGUCCUUCUCGGUAUCCUACCCGACAGAGAGCUCUGAGCGUCCGCCGGGUUCGCCACACUCUUCGCCGCUGCCAUGUCUGGCGCGCGGCCGCUGCUGCCUCACGCCAAUUCACGGCGCCGACUUGCCUCCCGUCUCGCGUGGCUGCGCGCAGAGGGGCUGCGGAAAGCACCACUCCCCAUUCUGCGCAAAUCGCGCGCGCAAAGAGAUUCUUCUGCAGUUUCAGACGCUGCAGCAGCUCAAAGGGAUAGAGGGCAACUUCCCGCACUGCCACGGCGUGCCCUUUGCGCUCUUCCUCGCAGAGUUCCUCCAGCGCCUGGCAGCGCUGCGCGGCGUCGAGCGAAGUCCCACAGGCGACGAAGCGUGGUGCGCCGCGAUGCGCGCGUGGACUGCAAAACACGACACAGAGCGCAGAGAGGCCGCCGGGGGCUCGCGGCGAGACGAAGAGGAGGAGGAAGACGCCGAAGCCAGGCGCCUCCGCAUGGGUCGCCUUUGCAGGGGACAGUACUUGCUCGACGGCGAGCAGUGUCGAGGCUGCCCGGGCGAGGGCGGCAAGAGUGACCGCUUCGAAAUCGACUUCUGGAGAUUCUUCCCGCUGAUCGAGGAAGAAUGCCAGCAUCUGAUUCUCCCGCAGCACUUGGAUCUCCGCAGGGCGCUCUCGUUGGCGAGGCGCCGCAUCGCCCGCCAGCGCAAGCAACUCGCGCGCGAGACGGCGAAGCUCGCGCACUCUGCGCAGACGCCGGGGGGGCGAGGCCCUGUGGCGCUUCCGGAGGCUGAAGGCGCUGGCUGCGGCGCAGAUAGCAGCAGACCUGCGAGAAAUGCGUCAGGGAGCCGAGAGUCGACGGCGGCCUGCCUGGGGCCGCCGGGGGAGAACGGUCUGCAAGCGGGCGAGGUCGCGAGCGACUCGGGGCCUCACCUGGAGACUGCGGAAAGGCGAGACGACGAAAACGCCCCCUGCCCGAGAACCGGCAGAGAAGAGGAGGCAAGCGCGCAGUUGGCGACGCGCGCGCUCGCAGCGGAGGCGAGAGCUCGUGGAGCCGGCGGGGACAACGCGGUGCUUCUCACACCCUUGCGGCGCGUCUCCUGCGGACAAGCUGCGCCUGUUGGCCGGUCUUUCACGCCGUCGUCCUCGGGGACCUCGGUUGCCUCUUGGCCGUCGUCCUCUGACGAAGAAACGCUGCUGUCUGCAGAUCACAGACGCAGCGUUGGGCGUGGUCUGAUUCCUACCGACAGCUUCACUGCGUGCUGCCUCAGCUCGCCGCUGCAAGUCAGCGCUGCACUUCACUCCUUCCAGUCUCACAAGCCCUACAAACGGGUGUUUUCAGCCUCGCGCUCGCCUCUCGGGCUUCCGCUCGUCGCCGAUUUGCUAUCUCUCCAGGAUGGAGCUGCUACCCAUCUUCUCAGUGAGCUCUUCGCAGAGGCUUGUUCGUCGCUUGGCACCCAGGCCACGUCGCCGUCCCCCCCCGCCCAUGCGCUUAGCCCCGCGGAGGACCCCGAGGAGGGCGUGGAUCCUUUUGGCAACGAGUCGCCGGGUCACCGCGGACAAGAGGAGGUUUCCUGCCGAGACGGGUGGGACUUUGGCCGCGUCUCGAGUUCAGCGCAGGCCGCUGGCGUCGCCACGCCUUCCUCAUCCGCGCCAGGCGUCCCCCUGUUUGCGCCGCUGGCGGUCCAGCUGGAGCCGCGCGAGCUGCGCAGGCGUCUCUGUCUCCGAUGGCAGGCGCGCAUCAGAGAACAGGGUCUGGAGGACGGGGCGGCGCUGGGCUGGGGUCGGGGGUCGCGAUCGCAUCGCAGGCUCUGUCUCAAGGCGCUGCGAACUGCUGCGGAGAGCUCGCAGGCGGCGGGUGUGCAGACGGAAAGGAAGCUUCCAAAGCGACACCGCGUCGCAGAGAAGAACUCGUGCGAGGGACGGCGGACAGAGGGCUGCCCAGGGCCAGACGACCCGCGAAACCCAAAGGAAGCCCAAGAAGCAGAAACGAAGGAAAGGCGCGACACGCGAGAGCGGUCUCAGCUGCUCCCUGCCGCGUUGUCCCCUGCAGUCGCGGGUUCCGCGGCCCCAGAGGUCUCGCCGACGGAGGCGAAGAGCGGAGAGGCGAUGGAGCGGGCGGGACGAGGACGGUGUUGGCAGCGGGCAGUGACCUCGGUGCUGGCGCAGGAUAUCUCGGCCUGUCUGGAAGAAGAUAUCCGCACGAUCCCACUCUCGCCCUACGCAGCGGGGGCAGUCAUCAGCUUCUGCAGUUCUGCGACCCAGCUCGCGCCAGGGGAUCUGCUGACCGUCUACGCACAGCCCCGAGAAUCGGCCUCUCCUGGGGCUCCUCUCGCCGGGGCGCGCUCGUCGUCGGCGUCGCCUUGGCUGCCCGUGGUCGAGAUGAGCAACUACUCGACAGACUGUCUCUUCUACGCGGCGGACUACUCGCCGGCGUUCGCCUGCGGCCGCCUCUGCCCUGCGGGCGCCCUGGGGGCCGAGCGCGGAGACCUGCGGGGCGGGGGAGGCAUGUGCCUCCAGAAUGCGGGUCGCCACACCGAAGGUGGAUCCGACGAGCGGGGUGUCGGCGGAGAGCCUGGAAGUGGAGGCCUGUUCGCUUUGGGCUCUCUGGCCGCGGCCGUCCGCCACGGCUUGCUUGACGCCCUCGACGCGGCGGCGUUCUGCUCAGAUUCCGCGCGUCCGGAAGGAGCGGUUGCCUCUGAGGAGUCUCUCGAGUUCUUCUUCGCAGACCUUGAGGCUCAACUUGCGCGCAACGCACCUUCGCACACGCGCCAGGCCCCCCCAUACGCCGCACUCGCCAUCGCUGCGGCCGCAGGCGCCCUGGCACUGGAAACGCAGACUCUUGACGCGUGUCCUCAACAGCACAGCGGCGUGAGAAGUGACGACAACAAUCACUCGCUCCUCCUGGGCCUCCCGGAGUUCCCCUUCGCUCGGCCGGCCUCUUUCUUGUGGCGACUCCCGCCGUCGCUGGCGCGCGCCUCGACUGCUAGCCGCGGCACGGCGAAGACGGCGAGAGCCGCAGUUUGCCGGUCGCCGGCAGCAGGAGCAUCUACUCGACAACGGCGUCCGCCCCAAGAGGCGAGCGACCGACUCGGGGAAGCGGCGGACGCGUCUUGGCGCGAAGAGGAGGCGGGCGGCAGGGGCGGAACCGCGGAAGCGACACGCGCGUGCGCGCAGUCUCCGUCGCUCACGCAUCCGCCCGUGCGGCCGGAUUCCUCUUCAUUGCUGCCGAGUUGCGCCGCACAGCCGCCGCACCUGCGCCGGCGUUCGCUCACGUCUCGGUCUCUGUCUUCCUCCUCUCGCUCGCUUUCUUCGUGUUCCCUGACUUCGCGCUCGUUCUCGUCGGCGACGGUUUCGCCGCUCCUGCGCGGCGCGCCGGGGUCUUUGCGGGCGUCGCGGCGCCGGGGCAGUGCGCACGCGCCUCCCAGCCGUUUCGCCGCGGCCUUCGGCGCUCCUCCGCCGCAGGCCUCUCGCGCCUCUCGGGCCUCGCUUGCGCUCGCGGGCUCCGUGGUGCGGCGACGCACCUUCUCAGGGAGCGUGGCUCUCGUCCGCAGCGGGAGCAGCUUCGGCGGCGCGGACGGCGGUCGCGCGCUCCCGGCUCUGCCUGCGGCCGCGCGCACUGCCGGUCGGCGCUCGAGUUACUGCGCACCGACGCAGGCCGCGUGCACCGACUCGCUGCCGCAGCUCCCCCAGGCAUCUGCCUCUGCUCAGAGUCUGCUGGUCUCGGCUGCGGAGAGGGCGCGCGAGACGGCGGAGGCGCGAGUCGGCGCGGGAGGGGCGAGGGCCUCAGGCGGGACUGGGAGUUCACGCGGGAGGCCCGAGGAGACCACUCGUGGAGCAGCAGGCGCCCGGCGAGAAGCUGAGGCGGAAGAAGGCGACGCCUUCGAUGGCGCGCGCUCGCGGCGCGUCUCGUUUGGAGACGAUAGCGCCGAGCGAGGCUUGCAGGGGCAGCCGAUGGCAUUCGUGCAGCCGUCGAACUCCCAGGCCCAUCUGGCCUUUUUUCCGCCGUCUCCCGAGCCUUCUUCGUUCGGCUAUUCUCCGUCCCAGGCAGGAGAGGUCUCUCAGAUGGCUCUCGGAGCUGAGGCGCGGGGCCCGCUCAGCCCGAGCGUUGCCAGUCGCCUGUCUGCGGACACGGAGAAAAAGAGGCCGCCGCAUGAGUGUCGGGCGGGGACUCCGACCCCGGGGCGGCACGUGUCUCCGCGCGACCUUGACGGGGCGAAGGGAAGGCGGACGGAAGGAGACAAAGAGGGCGAGUGGCAGGCCCCACGGGCGUCACCGCCGAGCGUGAGCGCAAGCGACACCAUUCACCUGAUUUCUGGCGGUCUCAUCCCGCGCGAUGAGUUCCUUCGGCCUGGCGUGUGGCGCGUGGAAGUCACCGUGGGGUGGCGGCAGAACGCGGCGAACCAGCCGCUGCUCGCCCCCGACGAGGGCGGGCGUCCCGCGCUGCCACGGCCAGGCGGCGAAGACGGGUCGCCCGAAGACCUGCUGGGCUGGCACGCCGGCCCAGAGUUCGGCUGGGUGCCGAUCACCCACAGAGAGUCCGCAGUCGAGCAGGCAGUCGAGGGGCUGCUGGCACAGCUCCUCAGCCGAAACGCGGGAAGGCCUGAGGAGAGCGACGUCGCGCACGCGAACCACGAGGGGCGCGAAACUCGCCUCCGCAGUGGCGGCAGACGUGGAGGCGCGCGAGACAGCCGCACCCGCUCUGAAGCCGUUCUGGGCUGGAAUCCCGCGCAGUCCGGGCUCGCCGCCCCGGGGGCGGCCGCGGCGUCUGCUGGCUCGUCUCUGUCUCUGUCCUCGCUCCAGGUUCCUCCGCCGCAUGCGCGUUUCUUCUGGCUCUCGUGCGCGACGCAGGUGGUGAGUGGGUCAUCGGCGGAUCGCGGCGCAUACGCGGCGGCUUCACCAUGGAGGCGUCGGCGAGCCUCCAGCGACGGGCGCGACCUUGUCUGCGGAGGCGCGCGGCGAGGAGGCGGAAGAGACCUGCGGCGAGGGGGGGCGGCAGACGGCGCCCAGCUGCCGUGUGUCUCCUCCCACCUGAUGCUCGGUCCCGGCGUCGUCCUGAGCCAGCCCCUCGAUCCAGACCCGCCCAUCAGCCAGCGGUCGCUCUUGCUCGCGCAGCACCUUGACCGCGUCUAUCCGCCGCAGAGCUUCAUUCCGCCAGGGUUCCGACCGCUUCCGUCUCCAGGGCUCCCGCCCCUCGCCUCCUUCUCCCCGCUCUCUUCCGGCGCCGUCCGCGCAGCGCCACCGCGACCUCUCGCGGGCGGGCUGGCUGUUCACCCCGUGCGCUCUGGCGAGGCGCGCGUCCCAGCCUACAACGAGAUCGCGGCGCGAGUGCAUUCGCGUCACCAGCAGCUCCGCGCCAGCCAGGUGGACGAAGUCCGCGGCGUCUGGUGUGUCGGCGCCAAGGAAAAGCAGCUGAUUCAAGACGCAGUCAUCGCCGGAGACUGGGUCGAGCCGCAGUUCGACCUCGCGCUCGGCGCCCUCCUCGCGGACCUGCGAGGCCCCUCGGUCGCCGCGGACCCUCCAGACGCAGACCGGAAAGACCGCAGCCACCGAGGAGGGGGAGGUAGAAGAGGAGGACGAGUGGCGAGCGGCCGAGACGCGGACGGCGACGCGCGCGACAGCCAGCCUGCCGCGGAGAAGCAGAGAGGCAGCGAGAGAGAAGGCUGGGGCUGGGGCGGAGGCGCGAGGAGGAAGGGAGAGAAACGGACGAACGACACAGAGGGGAUGGAGCGCGCCGAGGAGGACGCGACACUCGGAGAGGAAGGAGGCGGCGCCCGACGCCUGGGCGACCGACGGUUCGAGGUUGGAACCGAAGAGGCGGAGGCGCGCGCAAGUCAAUUGCGAGGCUUCGUCGAAAACCACUUUUUCGGAGAUCGAGGCAAAGGGAGCGCGGGCGCCUCCCUAUCCCAGGCGUCCCUGCGGACGGCGAAGCUCGUCAUGGAAAUCUCCUUCACGCCAGACCUGGAUCGAAUCCGCGAACUCCACGCGGCCUUCACAGACCUCAAAACGGCAAUGGCGGAGGCUCAGUGCCUCGUGUCUGCCUCUCCCUCCGAUGCCUCUUCUUGCCCGGCUUCCUUCGCUCCUGGCGCCUCGCCCGCGGAGGCCCGCGGCGCGCGCGAGGCGACAGCCGCUCGCCUUGUGCGUCUAGUGAAGCGCGUCAAGCUGCUGCAGCAGCCAGGGGCGCGCGACCACGUGCGCUGCUCGUUCCUCGUCCGCCCGGCAGGCGACGACUCAAAGGGCCUCCGCGAAGAGGACGAAAAGAGCGAGAAAUUCAACGCCACGUGGCAGCUUGGAGGUCUGAAAGCCCUCCUCGGCACGGGACGCGGCGUCUCUCUCUGUCCAGCUGUGAGACUCGGGCCAUGCGCGACGAUGGUGCAGGUCACCAGCGUCCAUCACCCCGCGCCGGCGCCGCGGACGCUCUCGCUGUUCAACUGUCCGGCGGCGCUCAUCACGAAUUGCUCUGCGUUGAAGAUCUCUCUAUCGAAGAGUCCGUACCCCACUCAGAGAGACUGGUGUCUCUUCAACGCGCUGCCGGCCGACGCCUUCCUCGACGCCCUCGCGCCGCGCCGCGCACACACCUCGCUCUCUGCGUCGUGGGUCGGAGCGGAAAGGGGGGAGCGGCCUGCAGUUUCGCAGCCGUCGCCUCCUAGUCAGACGAGAGGUGCGGGACGAGAAGACGGGGCGCCGGUCGAGAGAAGCGUCUCCUUAGAGAGCGCCGAGGUCGAGACGGACAGCGCGGGACAACGACUGCCUGUUUCACACGGGUAUUUUUCAGCGCAUGCAUUGGAGAGACGCGAAGAACUGAAGAGAGAGAGAGAACGGAUCUCAACCGCUCGCGGCGCGAGCGGUGCAACGUGCAGCAGCAGACCGCCUCCUCCGUUGAGCGACGCUGAGCCGCGUCCGCCGUCGGCGCUUCAUUCAUCCGCGUCUCCCUCGUUGGCCUUCUUCGCGUCUUCCGCGCGCGCCACAGAUCCUCCGUCGGCGUCUCUGUCUUCUCUCUUCUGCGGCGCCGCCGAGGCGCAUGGGGCGUCCCAUCUUGCCCGGGGCAAUAUGGCGCCCUCGUCGAUCUCGCUGCCAGACCCGCUGCAAGAGCGCAACGCGGGGGCGCGCCUCGGAUUCUUCUUCUCGCCGUUUCCGGCUCUGCUGCCCGUCCUGCAGACCGCGAAACGCCGCGGCGCGAGCCCCUCCUCCGGGGCGCCGAGGCUGCCGCGAGGCGCCGGGGACGAAUCGGCGCCGCGUGGCUUCUUCGCGCCGGCGCCCUCUCCCUCGACCGGUUCGCUGCCCGCGAACCUGGCGCACUCCGACAGCGGACGCAGCGAAAGCGAGAAAACUGCCGAGCUGCGCGGUCUGGGCGCAAGAGCCCGCGACGCGCGGCCGGCUGAGGCGCGGAGACCGGCGUCGAGCGAUGAUAUUCCGCGGCGUCCUCGCCGCAGCGGCGAUCUCGACUUGCGGCCUGCGCAGGCGAGCCGCCGAGGCCACUCCCAAGAGACCGUUUCUCUGCGGCAGCGGAUGGCGGCGCUCGAUGCAUGCCGGCGCACUGGCAGAGUCGAGGGCGCGGAGGGGCGCGGGGUGGCGCCGCGCGACGGCGAGUUCUCGGAGGCCUUACGCGGAGGCAGCAGCCUCUCGGGGCUCGAGCCCUCGUAUCAGACCGUCCCUUCCUUCUGUCUUUCCCCUUCGCACCUCUCGGCGGUCUCUGCAAACUCUGCAGCUGCGCUGGAGACUCGCGAGGCUGCGGCGACCUCCCACGCGCCUCCGGAGCGGCUGGCAGUGUCGUUGGAGCUGUCUCCGCCGGCAAACGGGCUGACGUACGUGGCCCCCCCGCGGGCGUGGUGUCGCGCCGACCGCAGCGACGGAGACAGCGGAGACGGCCUGGCGUCCGCGGGCGAGUUCUUGGAGACGCGCGGCAAGGCGCGGGUCCAAAGGGACGUGGAGAGGUGCGAGAGCUACGACGGAUGGCGAAUCCUCAUUCGGCAGCUGCUGCCGCUGGACUUCCAGUUGAAGGCCGCCCUCGCAGCUGAGGAAGAAGUCGGGCACGAGCUCGCCGCCACGUCCGCGGCUCUUGCGCGCGCGAUUCUCGCUGCUGGCCUCAGAGGAGACAGAAAGGACGGCGCGGAGAGCAGCGUGGCGGCCGCGCAGGCCGCAGACCGCCGGGGAGGCCUGGAGAAGGCACGCGCGCCCUCAAGCGGGAUAGCAGAGACAGAUGCGGAGGCGGGCUCACGCCGAGAGGCGCCGACAGCUGAGAAAGAUGAGAGGAGGCAACAGACCGCCGAGACGGCAGGCAGUGAGGCGCGCCAGACGGUGGGGGGGAGCAGGAGCCGACAACGCGGCUCUCGGUCUUCCUCUGAAGCGCAUGAUGCCCACAAGGAAGCGCCGGAGGGACUCAGCGGCGACCGCGGGAGAGGCGAAAACGGUCUCGUAGGGGGCGAGGGCGCCCGGCCUCCACGCGCAUGCCGCGACGGUGAAGCGGGUGGCGACGUGUCUCUUCGAUUCAUGCCUUGGAGGGCUCCACUUUCCUCAGAGACGCCGCCAGAUCUGCUUGGCAGCAGCGUCGACCGCAGUGCGUCGUGGUCGCCGGCGGAUCUGAGCUGUCUUUCUCAGGAGCCGCAGGGGGGGCCGGGUGCGCCAUCGCUGGAGGUUGCGGAGGCCUCGCGGCACUCGGCGCGGGCUGUGGUGCGUCGGCGCUACUUCCUGCAGCUCUCUCCGUUGCAUCGGCGGCCUGUCUCCGCGUCCCCGGCGUCGCCCGUCUCCGGGCUCCAAGCCCUGGAGGCGACGGGUGAGGGCGCGGGGUUGGAGAGCGUGGGCACGCCGGUGUUUGGUUCGGGGCGCGCGAGGCGGCAGAUGGGCGAGGCGCGGCGGCGGCGGAGGCAGCUGAGGACCCUGAAGCGGGCGCUGCGGCGCGCGGCUCUGCGAGUCCCUCUCCACGGGCUCCUCCGGGACUUUGAAGUCCAGUUCGGGCUUCAAAGCGAGCCCUGGCCGGACGAGUUGCUCCUGCGCCUGAUGGGCGUGACGGAAAAGGCCAACUCCUCUCUCCGCGACUCCAACUCAGGGCCCGGAGUGCAGCCGCUGGCUCCACUUCUCCUUCCUCUGAGAGCUCCUGCUGCGUCUGAGCGCGGCGCUGGGCAGUGGAACGCGGAGCUUCGCGCGGUGGCUCGCCGGCGUGGGGAUCUCUUCCUCGCCCCCCCGGCGGCCGGAAGCCGCGGCUCCAGUCGGAGCAGCUUGUCUCCCUCGGGGCGAGGAGAGCUCGGCGUGGAGGGCGUGCCUUGCUCGGUGUCCGACUACGCCUCCGGCUCCUCCUCGGUCUCUUCGCAUUCGCUGCCGCCCGCUUCGCUCUUCUCUGAGUCGGUCUCGCCCGAGCCGUCGCCCUCUGCCGCGUCGCUGCAGGCCUCGCGCGCGUCGCCGGCGCCGGGUGCCUCUCCCCGUUUCUUCGUGCGUCCUUUUCAGCUCGUCGUGAGUCCCGAAGGCGCCGUGAAAGUGUCGCCUCUGGACAUCUGGCGCUGGCAUUUGCCGUUCUUCCCCGAGUUGAGCCCCGACGCGGUCGCGGAGUGGCUCGUGCGGGCGCAGCGCGCGCAGGUCCGGCGCGCGGGCCUCGCGGCCCGCGAGGCCCGCGAGGCCCGCAGCUUCCAGCGCCGCAGGCGACGGCUCCAGGGCGAGCUCGAAGGCGAGGGCGGCGCCAGCGAGGACGGCGCGAGGGCAGCGCGCGCAAGCGGCGAAAGACCGCAAGACGGCGACAGCGACGGCGUGCGGGAACCGCGUCGGAGCGGCGCCCGCCAGCACGACCAGCGAGGCGAGCAAGGCGAGGACGGCGGAAACGUUGGGCGACGCGGACGCGAGCGGUCUGGGCGGGAGGCGCGGGGGAGCUAUCAGCGGCUGCAGGCCGAGGGAGAGGGCAGUGGACGAUCCGCGGGCAGCGAGGACUUCUCGGAAGCCGCGAGUUCUGUCUCUGAGUGGGACAUGCUGCGGCGAGAGGGGCACUUCGCAGAGGAGCAUUUGGAGGACUUUCUCAACGCCGUCGCCUCCUCAAUGGCUCACAAUCUGCAACGGAUUCUGCGCGAGGUCGCCGACGGCGGAGGCGCGGCGGCCCCGGAUGAGGAGGCGCCGUGGGAACAAGACGCGAACGAGGAAAGCCGGCCGCUGGAGGGCCCGGCGGUUCACGCACACACGGGCCCCGACGACGUGGCGACGUACAUGACAGAUGAAGAAGAGGAGGACUUGGACGCAUACGCGGCGGAGGACAUCCACGACGAAGAAACGGGAUGGAUCUACGAGGGAGGCUCGGAAGACGCGAGUGAAGGCGGUGGGGCGGCCUCCGCGCCGCAGUCGCCCCGGGCCUCGUCGCGUCCUGCCGCAUCAGGCGAGACGGAGGGCGCGGGCGACCGCGGCGGAGGACGAGAGGCCCGAGACGACGCCGAGGGCAGUUCAGCAGCGGCUCUCUCUGGAGCAGCACUGCCGCCAGCCGCAGGAGCUGCCGACGACGGCGAGGGCGACGAGGGCGGAAGCAGCGCGGAAGAAGACGACGAGAUGCACGACGUUGUCCUGGCAGACGAAGCCGACGGUCCGCAUGCGAGUGAAGGCGUUUCCUCGCCCUCGGGGGUCGCGCUCAGUCCCUUCGGCGUCUUUACGCGGCCCUACGCCUCCGCCGUCGACCAGCUCGCGGCGGAGCUGUGGAUGCUGUAUGAGGCGCUGGUGCUGCGCCAGUGCGUCAACAUGCGCCGCGCGAAGCGCGCGCGACAGCAGAAAGCGAGGGAGCGGAUGUCGAGGCUGACGCGGCUGCAGGAAGGCGGCAGUCGAGCCGGAGGCGAGAGAAACGACGAGGCCCGGCGGUCGCGCGAGGGAUUGGCACCGUUUCCGUAUUACGAAGGCGCCCUCGCCGUCAUCGACGAAGACGAGGCCAGCGCGCUCUUCGAUUCGCCUCACGCCACCUCGCCCGCGCCCAAGGGACAGGACGCCGAGAGGCCUUCGGGCGGAGACGAAGGUGGAGGCGGCCGCGAGCUGGGUGAGUCGCGGCGAGAGAGACGCUCGCGCAGGCGAGGCGGAGGCGGCCGAAGCCGAAGCGGCGACAACAGCCUGCAAGAGGAUGAAGGCCCGUUGCGGCGGCAUUCCUCACGGCGGGGUGGAUCGGACGCGCCGUCGCUCACGGGAUCGGGCCGCGUGUGCUCGGCUGUGGCCUCUCCCCUCGUCGAUUUGCCGUCGGUCUGCUGUCCGCUGCUCUACCAAGUGCUUUACGAGGUUCUCCUCCUCUUCCUGCGGCUUGGCCUCGCGCGCUGCGCCGCGAGCGGCUCGCCGUCGCCGGCCGACCUCCUUCGCUACUGGCCCCCGACGCUGGCUGACAUGCGGGUGGCGCUGCAGCUGCGCCUCAGGUACCUCCACCAAGUGAACGUCUCCUUUCUCUUCCUCGCUCCGUUCCUGCCCACCGUCCCGCCACCGCACCCCUACUCGUACGAAGAGCGCGACGAAGUCCAUCUGGGCCUUGCGCCGUCCUCGGUAUUCAGCGGCGAUCGGCGGAGGGCGAGAGUGGAAAGCGAAAACUCGCCGCCCCCGCGCGGCCUCGGCUCCGCGGUCGUCUGGAUCCCAACUAGCCACCUUGGGGACGGCAGCGCGCCCACUGGAGGCUUACGGGCCCGCGCGGCCUGGACGCUUCGGGCGCUUCCGCCUUUCGGCCCCAGCGCCCAGCCAAAGCGCUGCGCGCGUGGUGUCGACAGCGGAGAAGACGGGGGACGUUCAAGCGGGCGCGGCCUGCUGGAAAACAUAUCGGAUGAAAAGGCGGAGACUUACGACGUGCGGGGCGCGAAUCACCGCGCCGUCCAUCCGACCUCGGGUCGCCCCGCAUCUGCAGCUUCCGAGCCUCGUGGUACCGCCCCGGUUAGGCAGAAGGCGGAGGCGAGUGAAAACGAAGACCGCGACAAGGUGCUGGUGGCGCUGUCCGGGACGAAGACGCUCCUUCUUCCGUCUGUCAAAGCCUUCCUCUUUCGUGCGUCGACCGUGUACCGAGCGCACGCGGUUCGGCGCCAGAUUCUCCGCCUUCCAGGCUACGCGUUCCCCUUUCGGCAGCCCGAGCGCCCGCGGCUGGCGCUCUUCAGUCAGCAGUCUCUUCUGCCUUCGUGCGCCGCAUGGGACACUCCAGCGGGCGGCGGUUCCGUUUUCGCGGGCGUCUACAUCUCAGCAAGCGGACGCGCCUCGCUCGCCUGGGAAGCGACUGCGACGCUGAUUCGCCUCCACGCGCCUCUGGAGGAGCUCUGCAUCCCCCCCGUGACUUCGCGGCUGGGUUCUCUUCUCGCGGAAGGUGCUGAGGGCUCCACAGUGAUCGUCGAUGUCGCUGCGCCCUUGCCUGGGGCCUGGGCAAACGUCGGCUCCGCCGCAGUCAUAUUGGAUCGCAAUGCCACCCGACAGGCCGACACGGAGGCGCCUGGAGGCCCCGGAGCACGGAUUCGCGAGCCGAAUGAGGACGCCGCCCAGGGGCCGGGUGUCUUUGCGCCUGGAGGCGAGCAGGGCGCGGGAGGCGAGAACCAGGAAGGAGACAGCUUCGAGGGGAGCUUGCCGGGAGAGGCCAGACUCGAGACGAGUCUAGUAGGCCAGCUGGCGAAGCAACUGAAGCACUUCGAUCCGAUGAAGCUGAUCGCCAAAGAGCGUUCUUUCAUGGUGCAGUUACGCGGCGAAGGCGCGCAAGACUUAGGCGGCCCGUACGCGGAGAUUCUCAGCAAUCUGUGCGACGACCUGGUGACUCUGCGCCUCGUGGUUGAGUGCCCAAAUGCGCGAAACUCCGUGGGAAACAACCGCGACGUCUGGAUCUUCAAUCCGCAAUUGCGCGAGUUCCUGCUUGGCGCAGACAGGCGCGCGGCGUUGCCAGGUGUAGGUACACCGCACCACGCAGGUGUGUGGCGUCACAACGACGAGUGCAGCGGUGAGGACGAAGAGGACGACGAAGCGUCCUCUUCGUCGCUGUGGGGGGAGUUUGCGUGCCCCUCGCUGUCACCUGCAGAAGCUGAAGAAGUUGUCGCUUUGGGCUGCCAGGGUCCGGCGCCUCUUGCCCUGCCGGGGACUUCCGCUGCGCCGCGUCUGUGCGCUUCGCCGGCGGUGCCUGCGCUGCCUCCUCUCCUUCCUCUUCUGCCGUCGAACGCGUUGGCCCUCCCGAGUGUCGCUGCGGCUCUGAGUGCGCAGUCUGUGCAGCAGCUGAGUCUCUUUGGAUGCUUCGCGCCCUCCGCAGCUCCCGCGCUGCUCGCGACUCCGCGAGGGAGUGCCUUUGACGGGUGUUUCGCCUUCGCGGCAGAGUCUUGUGCACAGCGCGAGACGACCCACGCGUCCGGCGCAGCGACCGAAAGCGAGCGAUCACGGCGAAGGAGCGGCCGAGAGGUUCCGCCGGCGCUCGCGGCGGGGAGUCCGCUGUGCCUCUCGUCGUACGGGCAGCGGCUCGCCGGGAUUCUGUACGUCGUCGGGCGUCUCAUGGCGUGCGCAGUUCUUACGCAGAGCCCACUGAAUCUCUCGCUCUCUCCGUCUCUUUGGAAGCUGCUCCUUCUCCAACUACCUUCUCUCCACGACCUCCAGGCCGUCGACUUGCUCGCGGCCAAACAGCUCCAGACCUUCCUCGCCUCCUGCGGUUUCGCGCCGACCAAUCGACGCAGCGCACCGACUCUCGGCGCGAGUGACGCGAGUGACCCAGCAGGCGAGGAAGAGGAACGCCGCCCCGAAGCGGAGCCACGCGCCGCGGGAGAUGGCACGCGAGGCGCGGUUGCGGGGGAGGAGGAGGAGCGCGAGAGAGAGAAAGCGGUUCUGCAGGCCUUCGCGCAGAACGGAUGGACUGCGGACGACGCCCUGGGGAGAAAUCAAGAAGUCUUCUUCGGCGGCGCGCAGUGCCCCGUGAACGACGGCGAUAUUCCUGCCGCUGUGCAGGCCGCCCUGCUCGCCAAGCUCAGCGAGGGUCGGGAAGCGGCGAGCUGGCUGGCCUAUGGGCUAUACGACCUGCUGCCUCUCGCGCAGGUCCACGCGACGCUCACGCCCGAUGACCUCAAGCAGCUCGUCUGCGGCGACAACGACAUCGACGUCGCUGUUUUGAUGCGGCACUCGAAGGUGACCUGGGACAACCACGACGCCCGCGAGAGAGCGCUCGUUGACAAUCUGUGGGAAGUUCUGAACUCCUUCACCAAGAAAGAGAAGCAGAUGUUCCUGCGCUUCGUUUCGGGCCGCUCGAGGCUGCCGCACGCGUGGCUCUACGGAGACCCCGCCUCGAACGUCCACAAAUUCGAAAUUCACAUCAUGAGAGACGAAGAAGCGCUGGAGAUUCAAGACGCCUCACUGCGGACAGUGCAAGUCGCUGAGAAUCAGACAGUGGACGAUCGGCUGCCGACGGCGAGCACGUGUUUCUUUAUGAUUAAGCUGCCUAAGUAUUCCAGCAAGGAAGUCCUCAAAAAGAAGCUCAAGCUGGCGAUCAUGUCCUGUGUGGACAUCGACCUAGACGCGCUUCACCAUGACCUCGACUUUGCGCAGUUCGAGUAA